AGUAGGGAGUUCCCUCACGGAAGGACGGACGGAGGAGAAGGAGGGGUGAGCGGCAGGGGCGACAAGUGGGGCGGGGCCUCGCUGUUGGCUCCGCCCAUCCUGGUGCGAAUGUCAUCGGAUGCUUCGGCCUCAAUUAACCACCUCUUUCCGCAGCCCCUUUCCGCGCGCGCGCCUCGUGGCACGUCACUCUCCCGUCAACGGCUUACAACACCGUCCCGAGCCAGCGUUGCCUCCUCAUACGGAAGCUUUUCUCUCUCCUCACCCGCGGCUUUUGCUCCGCCCACCUCGCGCUCUCGGCCACGCCUCCUCCUCUCCCUUCCCUCCCCGCCCCCCGCCCUUCCCUUCCCUUCACAUCGCGCGCGAGCUACUCCGGUCUCGCUCCCGCUCUCCGCCCGCCUCGCGCCGCACUGGGAUGUUGGCGGCGGCAUCGGGCGGCAGUUCCCGGGUCGCUGAGGAGAUUCAGGAGGCGGGAGGAAGGAGGAACCGCCGCCGCCGCCGCCGCGGCCAGUGAAACGGGCGCGGUAAGGGCGCCGCUGCCUCGCCUCCCCUCCCUCCCUCCGUCGGAGAGCGCGCUGAGGGAAACGGGGCGGACUCUGCCCUUCUUCCCCCUCCUUCGCCGCGCGUGAGGCGGAGAGGCAAGCGAGGAGCCCCGGGGAGCAACAUGGCGGAGCACUCGGCCCCCGACCACAAGCACAAGACCGGUGCCGCCGCCUCGUCGUCGUCGUCCAACUCCGCCGCUUCCCAAGCGCUGGCCAACAGUAGGGGCUCCUCCUCGACGACGACCGGCGCCGGGCCCCCGGCGGGCGGGGGCGGCGGCGGCCUGUCGGGGGGCCUGUCGCAGCCGGCGGGCUGGCAGUCGCUGCUCUCCUUCACCAUCCUCUUCCUGGCCUGGCUGGCCGGCUUCAGCUCCAGGCUCUUCGCCGUCAUCCGCUUCGAGAGCAUCAUCCACGAGUUCGACCCCUGGUAAGUGAGUUGGGGAGCAGAGGGCGAGCAGGAGCCGGGGAUCCCCCUCGCCGCCCGCCUGCAGGCUGAGAGGCAGGCCGGCCGGCGGGGGGACGUUAAACGGAGCAGGAGCGGGGUCGACGCCGGCCCUCUGCACAAGCGGGUACCGGGAAGAGUCUCCCGGGGCCAAGCGCGGAAGGGACUCGGAGCACGCGGAGUGCUAGGCGUGGUUUUACGGGACCCUUUGUGGGUGAAAGGUCCCUUCCUGCGCCGGCAGAUGCUCCGGAGCGGACAGGUAGACCUUGAACGGCGGCUUCUUUCCAUCCUGGGCAGAGAGGCCGACCCCCCCCCCCCCAGCCCUGCUCGUGCACUUCAUUCGGCAAAACUUGUGCGGCGCCCGCUUCUCCUCGCCGCUGCGGCACAGGCGGCGUGUGCGUUGGAGGAGCAGGAGGAAGACGGGGGGAAUGGCCGAGGGAGCGGCUGCAGGGGAAGCGCGGAGAGACAGAUAGAAGGCUGCUGCUUGACGGGACGCUGGUCCGGGAGAGGGGCAGGCGGAGUCUGCUGCUGCUGCGUACAGGUGGGUCGCCGUUAGGUGUAAUAGCUGCGUGCUGUGGCAGAGGGGUCUGCGGAGCCGCCUCUGCAAUCGUGUGCGAAGAGUAGGGAAAUGAGUGCAAACCCACCAGGGGCUAAGCAUUUCGCGCUCUUCCUCUGGAUUUCUGCUUCUCCAAGGGGGCAUAUUGUGAACCGGGCUAUGCGGAAUCUCGGGGGACGGUCUGCACAGGAUUUGGGACGGGAGAGCAAAUCGGGAAGUUGGAAGGGGGUAACCUUGCUGGUCGGUAACCCCAUCUGAAAUACUGAAAAUUAGUGUGGCGUUGGUGAAAUGUGAGAGGUGAUUUUUGAUAUUCAAGCUUUUUGAUAUAUUGGUAUUGUUAGGCAUGCAGUGUCACUUUGCUUUAGUAUGGUUUCUCAUGAGACUUUGCUUUGUUUCCAUGUAAAACAAGUAUAGAGGUUUAAUCCACAUCCCAUGGAACAUACCACAUGGCUGUGGUCUCUGCUAGAGAAAAUGUAUGAGUUGAUUGCACGUCAAAUUUUAUCCAAAUAGCACUGAGGCAAGUGCAGUCCCGAGGUCUAUUUCUGCAGGCUCAGGAAUACUUUCUGUGCUUAGUUGCCCCCAUGCUGCAUUGAUUGGCUUUAAAUUGACACUUUAUGUUGUGGAACAGUUCAUUUCUGAAUGUAAUGGCAGGUUUUAAUGCAUCAUGAUAGGGUUAUUUCUGACUGAGAGCUUCCUGUGUCGCCACACGGUUGCAUGGAGAUGUACAUUUCUGCCCUUAUAUUGGAUUGCAUCACUUAUUUUAAUCUCAUGAUUUGCAGCCUGCCAUGUGGACUACCAUAUUUCUCAUAAGAGUGGGAUGCAUUUGAGAAACUGCCACAUGUUAAACUGUGGGGGAAUCCUGAGAGCCACUUCACACAUCACAUCAGUAAUGUGAUUAGAUUACAGUAGUAAUUAGUGUUGUCAGUGUGGUGCAGUGGAAUAGAAGUUUGACUUGGACAGGAUCUAGAUUCAUGGCCCUCGUCAGCUAUGAAGCUCACUGGAUGAUAGUGGGUUAGCCUUAUUAUGUUCUUGUAGUUACUAUCUUUCUGUCUAACCUGCUUCACAGGGUUGUUGAGAGAAUAAAAUGGAUCACAGCCUUAUCUUCUUCUCUGAACCCUUUGGGGUGAGACACCAGUGUAAUAAUUAUUACAUGUCAGUGGACAGUUGUGUGUUGUGCAGAAAGAAUUAAAUGGUUUUUAGUGUACCAAACCACAGGUCUGUGUACAGUCUUGUCCAUGUCAAACCAGAUGACGUGCUUUAUGUUUCUCUCUUGAGGAAAACAUACGGCUCAAUAGUAGAGUACAGUAUAUGCUUUAGCUGUAGAGGAUCUUACAUUCACUAUCUGGCGAAAGAAUUUCAAAUUAGAAGGAACUCAGGGCCAAGCUACAUGCAUUGUCAGGAGGGCCUUUAUCAGAUCUCUCCCCUCUUUCAAAGGUAAUAAUAGCCACAGGAGGGAAAUAUACUUGGAGCCAUGGUACUGGGUGAAUCCCUUGCCCAAGUAGUGGGAUUGGAGUGUCUAUUUGCCCCCCUUCUAGAGCAAAUAAUAGCUUGGCAUGGGAUUAAGAUUGGGAAAAUGGCACAGGGUUUGUCACUUCCCUAGUGAUAUGUGUACUAUCGGUUUUCUGCAGCAGGACAAAUAGGAGCUCUGGAGAAGGUCAAUUCAAAUAAGGCAUAGCAUAUGUGUGUUCCUAUUUCCCUCACUCAUUUAGCAAAGCAAAAUACAGUGCAAGAUCCGUUCAGUGAUCUCUGGCAUGUAUAUCAUAUCAGCCUACCUUGAGCCUUAGAGAGCUGCUGUCAGUCAGAGUAAAGAAUACGGACUAGUACUCUGAGUCUGUAUAUGGCAGAUUCAUAUAUUUUCUUCAAUGCUUGGACCAGCUACGUGUGUGUGUGUGUGUGUGUGUGUGUGUGUGUGUUGAAGCAGCUGUACCUCUAAUUGUUAAUGUUUUAGUGGAUGCAUGCUGUGUGUCUGUAACAUGCACCUAUCAGAAUAAAGCUGCUGAUGUGGCCCUGAGCACUUAAUGUUGCACUUAGCAAAGGCAAGAUAAAACAGGUUUAAAAUAAUCAAAUAGAAGUAGUUUGAAAGCAAAGGAUAAAAAUGGUGGUGGGUACAUUGUCAUAUACUAGAUUCUUUUUUUAAAAAAAAACUUGAUAUGACACAUAAAUUGGAGGUUUAAGCAUAUUGGCUAUUAAUAUUGGAUAAACACUUUUGCAUUUUAUUGUUACUAAAAAUGAAUUCUAUGAAAGUGUUUGCUAAAAUCAGUUUCAAACGUUCCAUUACACCCCUGCUCUGACUAAACCUGCAGUCCCAUGAACAGCUGAAAGCCCCACUGAUCAAAGUGAAACUUAAUUAUGAGUAAACAUACUUAGGAUUGCACUGUUUGAAACAGGACUUAGGAUGGAGCUGUACAAAAAGGAUUCUCAGUGGCUUUGAUUAAGACACAUUGGAGAAAGUAAAGCAAUCUGGGACACUGCUGAGAGGCACUGAACCUGCUCCUUGUUCCAAGGAGUGGUUACUAUGAUUAUGUUAAACCUGUGAAUAGAUUUUGUGUGUGUGUCCCACAGUGCUUUGGUAAGAAAGUGAAAUAAAGACAUAUUUGGAGUACCACUUGCAUGUGUCCUUCUGUAUACUACCACCUCUAUUGAUACCACCUGCUGUUGAUAGACAAUAGAUAUAUAAAGGAAAAAUAACCAGAGCUGAGUUGAAACAGAGGUAGCAUCAUAGACAUUUUUUAUUCUGUGCAGUCAGCACCCCCCCCCCAAAAAAAAUUGUUUGCACCCCUUUCAAGAGAGGGUGUGUAAGUUUCCCCAAGAGAGCAAGAAGAGGAAAUGUUCUCUAAAUCAAUUCAUUUGUGUAUAUUUAGCUGCGGCAGAACGGGGAUGUACCGUACAUUUGGAGCGACAUCACUAUUCUUCUGUUGCAGCUACUCAUGCAUAACUAUGCAUGACUAAAGCUGGAUCAGAGCAAAAGUCUUGCUGUGCAGUGCUGACAGCAACACAGGGAGAGUUGGCCCAGUUGGCUCAAUAACAAAGAUGCAGUUUCUCUUGCCACUUUCACUUAGACCUCGGUGACAAUAUCACAUAGCCAUAUCUGCUUACACAGUGACAUAGUGCCACCCAGUUCCCCAGUGUGAUUGGCUUGGAUCAUGUUUUGAGAGAUGUCCUAAAAUAGGCUGAAACAGCAGCAUAUUGGGACUGAAAUAGGUGUAAAAAACAGUGUGGACUUUUGAAGAGCUUUUCACAUACCUCAACAGGUCACUUUUAUUCUUUAUGAGGGUUCAAAUAUAAACAUUCGUUGCAGUGCUAGAAAAAUUAGACGUGUAAAUGAAUGAACAAAGGAGGAUUCCUGGGUGGAAAAAAUCCAUUGUGCUAAUAAAACUUCUAAAACUGACCAUGUUAACAGUUGCAUUAUCCCUUUGUGAUUUGCACUAGCUGCCAAAUAGUUUCUGGGCUCAAUUCAAGGCGCUGAUAUAAAACCUUUAAAGCAUUUAGCUUGGGACCUGGAUGACUCAAGAACUGCCCUUUUUCUGCAUGCUCCAAGCAUCAGCACAUGUAAAAGUGUUCCCAAGAGAGCUCCAGAUCACACAACCUCAAGAGGUGCCAGCUAGAUAAAGGGUGUGGUGUAUUGAGUCCCAUCAUUCUGUUCCUUCUUGUGUCUGGUAAAGUUAUGGCUUUUUAAUAAGGUUGUUGACUGAUUAAAUAACUUCCACACUAGCUUAGGCAGUGUUUCUUUUAAUGACUUACGGAUUUGUUAAUUUGGUUAUUGUAUUGGGCUUAGUUUAUUUUAUCUGUUGGCUGCCUUUACAUAAAUAAAGCAGGUUUUUUAAAAUGAAUAUUUAAAAAAUUCAGUGACCUAGUUCAUAUGUAAUCCAAACAGGCUAACAUGCAGAUUCUGGGAGAUCAGACUGCUUUUCUCCUCCUCCUGUCCUGCUGCCGCCUUGCUGCUAUGAGCUAAGCCAUAGUUUGGCAUAGCACUGAAUCUGAAUCAGUGCUCAUGGUUUACACCACUCCAGACAAACCAUGAACUGUAAACAAGGUUUGUUCUAAGAUUUACAGUUUGUGGUUUGUCAUCGGGGCAUAAACCACAAGUCUGGUUUCAGUUGUAACACUUAGCCAAACUUUAACUUAGUUCAUAGCAGAGCAGUGGCAGCAGGACUGCAGAAGGAAUAAAUCAGCUGUAAUCUUUUUUCCAGUGGCCAGCACAUUUGCUCAUUCAUGCUAAGCCAUAGUUUGACUUAACAUUAAGAGUGAACCAGGCCAUUAUAUUGUCCAGUUCCAUUUGUAUAUGCAACCUUAGUGACAGGAAGCUGAAUACAAAACUAAUUUUGUUGAAUACAUAAUCAUUUUAUGAAUGCAAUUUCAUUGCUUGAAUUUAAAACUAGGUGCUGGGGUCAUGCAAUUAGAACCAUUCAGUUAGUUCAUGAGCCAAUACUGCAGAAGUUGAGGCUUCUUUGAGAAGCAUAUUUCUGACAUGGCAUGGGGGAUGCUUGAAGAAGAAAUAGUAUAAAAUCCCACUGGGUACACCCAAGGAAGCUCUUAGGUAUUCCAUAGCAGUUCGUAAAUGACUUGUUUCAAAUGUUGCAGUGGCUCAUUGUGCCAAAGUUCCUUACUAGUAGCCUCUUGAAGGUAGAAAGCUAUACAAGCUGAGGUCCUUCACCAGUUACAAUACAGUCACUGUGUUUAUGUGAUUAUGCAACCUUACCAUCUGUUUUGCAUAAGUAAAAUGAGUAGAUUAUUGAAGGCCAGGAUUAUUACCAAAAUCAGAAAUGCAACAGAGAUUUCUUUUAUUAAUAAUAAUAAUAACUUUUCCAAAUAUAACCAUGUUUAUCUAUGUAUGCUUUUGAUACACUUGCUAGAUUAUCCUUUAAAUUGUGUGACUCCAUGUGGGUUGAAUGAACAAGUAGAAAUAAGUUAUACAUCAUCAUCAUGAUCUGGCUUCUAUGCCUUGGACAGAAUACAGUUGUACAUCCAUCGUCUUUUCACAAUUUAUAAACUGUACAAAUAUUAGAAAAAACAUAUUUCAUAUGCCAUAUUUUUCUGUGUAUAAGAGGCCCCCAUGUAUAAGACACCCCCUACUUUUGGGGACCCCAAAUUUAGAAAACGGGCAUAUGCAUUUUCCAUGUAUAAGACGCCCCCAGAUUUUUAACAUUAUUUUAAAGUAAAAAAAACCCUAGUCUUAUACACAGAAAAGUACGGUACAGUGGUAUCUCUGGAUGCAAACGGGAUCUGUUCCGGAGCCCCAUUUGCAUCAUGAGCAGAACACAACCCGCAUCUGCGCAGGUUGCAAUUCGCCGCUUCUGCACAUGCUCGUGACAUCAUUUUGAGCGUCUGCACAUGCACGAGCGGCGAAACCCAGAAGUAACCCUUUCUGGUACUUCUGGGUUGCCGCAGGAUGUCACCUGAAAAGAUUUAACACAAAGCGUCUUUAACCCGAGGUAUGACUGUACUUCGCUUUUCAGACUUAAUCUUUGGUCUGUUUCUGGUUCAGUGAAAGAGGGCUCUCUUAAUUCCAUAAUUUUUGCAAGCCACAAAACUGUUACAAAUGACUUCUACAGCCUCUUCAUCAUUUGUAGUAUUGGUUUACUGAAAUUGGUUUUAGAUUAUGUAGCCUCUAACAAGGGCUUUCCAGUAUGUGCUUCUAAAGAUACUUUGGCUGUCUUAUCUUAUAUAAUUUACAUGGUUAGUACAUUCAUCUGUAGUGGUCAUCUGUCUAACCUGCUCAGUCACUGGGCCACUUCGCUUACUGAAAAAAGGGGCUCCUUGAGUUGUAUGGAUUUUCCCCCUUACAUCAGUAGGUAAGUUAAUUAGAAUUAUAAGCCACAAAAAUGAAGUGAUCUUCCAGAAAACUCAUUUCAGUAUGGUAUACUACUUUUGCUUCCUCUUUGUUGUAGCAAGUGCAAUUAUUUGAGCAUAUGAACUCCAGCUAAUAGCUUAUUUAAACUUUUUUUGGUAAGUCCUUCAAAAAAGUUUUUGUCAAGCAUUAUAGAAUAAUCACUAAAUUGUCAUAUUAUUUUUCAUUACCAGUACAGCUUUUUGCUCAUGGUGAUUCUUACGGUAGCUGCAAUUGUGUCUGUUUAUACAUGCAGCUACUUCACUUCCUCCCUCCAUCUCCAAACACAGAAGUGCUCAAAGCAGAUGACAUAAUAAAGAAAUGGCCAAGGAAACAACAUCAGUUUAUGAAUGAAUGAAUGAAUGAGCAGAAAAACUGAGAGCCGGGACUAAGCAAAAAGAAAAACUGAGACAGCACCUAAAUUAAGUACCCAGUGGAAAAUAAUAGUGUUCAAGAGGUGAUAGAAUACUAGGAGAUGCAAGACAGAAAGUCCUGCAUUUCAGGGCUUUUUCAUAACUGAAAAGGGCUUUUUGUACCUCUCAACCAGCCAUAUCUCAGAAGGCAACAUGAUGUUCAGAAUGGCCUCAUCAGGUGUGAAGAAAAGCAGUCCAUUAGAUAUUGUGGUCCUAAGCUGUUAUACCGUUAUCACCCUUAAAUCCCAUAUUUCACAAAUAAAUAAAAAUAAUGUGUUAGGAAUGACCUCCAUUAUCUUCAAACAAAAAUUCAUGGUAAAACAAAUGUUCAAAAAAAUCAGUUCAGAAUUUUAGACACUUGCUUUGAAAAUAAGAUGUUUUAUGCUUUUAUGUUUCAAACAAGUUCAGGAUGCAAAUGUAAUGUGUGAGCAGUUACAAGUAGGUAGCAUGUAGGAGAACAAGGUAGUAUUUAUGAAGUUAAGGUAAAUUUCAGUUUUAAAGUAAAAAGAGGUUAUACUUGAUUAGCAGUAAAGUGGUAUAGGGUCUGAGAGGCAUGAAAUAUAACUACCUGGUUUUAGGCAGCAUUAUCUGCAUCAUUAUUUGUUACCUGAUUGUAGUAAGGACAACAACAAAACUAUCUAAAGUUUUAGGAAACUAACAUUCUGUAUAAAUGUUAAAUGAAAUAUACUGUGGCUAUCCAAUUAUAUGGUUUCACAUUAGAUUACCACAGAAUCGAAUCUGAUCAUCUUUAAAACAGUAUCCAGGGCCACAAUAAAUAUUUCUGUGCAUUGUUAUUUUUAUUGAUAAGAGGUGACCCAGCCUUCAUUACAUAGACUUCAUUUGCAAAUCAGGUUUUAUAGAUCAGCUUGUUUCGAAGCCAGUGAUCUUCUCUCAAUAAUAUACUUCGUUUUUGUUAACAUGUUCCACCAUGUCAACAGAACGUUAGUGGCUUAUAUUUAACUUUCAAAGUGAUGAUGGUAAAAGCUAACAUUUUUUUUUUCUAUUUAUGGUUAUUAUUUUCUUUAAAGUGUACAGGAAAAUUGCAAAAUUUAUUUGAAACAGUGCUUUCUAACUCCAUUGAACCUACUUCUGUGAGCAUGUCAUUCCUUCCCCUCCACUGGAUCUCUGUUAGUUCCUACCAGUUCAGAAUAUCAACUUUAAAUUCUCUUUACAUUUUUUGAUAUCUGUCCAGAAUGCAGUGUACAUAUGGAACAACUUAUCUAGGACAAAUAAGUUGUGGUUUACUAAAGUGGCUUGGCUUGUUUCAGCAAACCAUAGAUAAAUUACCAACGGUAUGCAUUCUGAAAAUAAUGCUGUUAAACUGUGGUCAAAAUGGAGGUAAAAGCUUCACAAAUCCUCCUCACGGAUGCAUUGGAAAGGGAGGGAAAUCGUACAAGUCUGUGGGGAGACUAGGCUCUGCUCCACUUGUUCCCAUUAAGUUAGUGGCAAUGGGGAACAUUUAGUCAUCCAGAUGUUGUUAGACUCCAACACGCAUCCGCUGUAGCCAGCAGGUAGUAGUGAAGAAUUAUGAGAGUUAUAUUCUGGCAGGUAGCAGGUUCCCCAUCCCUAUAUUAUGGUAAACCAUGGUUUCUCAUGAUGCCAGAAUGAGCAAAUGUAGUAUGAUUUCAAAAUCUGAAAUUUUGUCCAUUUCAGUGGGGUAAUUAUGCAGGAAAUACUGUUGAAGGUGAAAAAGAGGCAUUGGCCUUUCCUUUUGAUUUUUUUUUUUUAAUGUGGCAGUAUCAUAGCAGUGAGGGCAGAUUUUACAUGAUCCAUAUGUUACUAUAUAUGCCAACUUGAUCUGAUCACCUGUUAAUUAGAAAAACAUCUCUUCCUUCUUCAAAAGCCUUCCAAUUUUUGCAUGCGAAUGAAGACUGUGAUCUUUUUAUGCUGGGUUCUCCAGUAGCUAGUUUCGCAUAUAUAUACACACAUACACAUAUUCAGUCUACAAAAAUGAGAUUUAAACUAGGUUGGUUUGUGGCUUGCUGUGGCAUAUAGACUGCCCUGAUAAGGUAAAACUUUCUACAAGCUUAUCCCCCCUAGAUUUUAGUUCCUGAGCUAUAUGUUUUUUACAGGAUUUACUCCAUGAGAAAUACAAUAACCUUCUGUAGUGCUGGAAACUUCCAGGGAAUAUUUUCAUGGGGGACUACAUUUGCCAUUUCUUGGAGCAGAAAUGGCAGUUUUAUUACGUUUCUUCUUUAGUUGUCUUGGUAGUGAGUUCAGAGACCAUGCAUCGUUGCUCAGACUUUAAUUAGGAAUAGAAAGGAGUUCUGAACUCUUAAAGGUAUAUUACUAAAGGCAUUCAAUGUCUGAUCCACAUAUGUAGCAGGCUGCACAGUGGAUACAGGCCAGGGUUUUUUUCCUUCAGAUGAGUGUAAGCCUUGUUUUACAACCAACUAGAAAACAUACCAUCACUCCCAGUUAGAAGUUAGAAUGAUACCACUUGUUUCCAGUGUAUCUAACAGCGGUAUCUGUCCAUGUAGUAACACUUUGCUGUGGAACCUUUUCAAAUGCAUUAAUUCCAGGACUAAACAAGAUGUGAUAUUUAUAAUGUGUUUUGAUUUUGUGUGCAAGUGUGCGCACUUGACUGAUGUCUAGUUUGGACCUUUGGCUCUUAACUGCAUAUUUAAACAAAAACAUUGAAUUAUUUUAGCUGAACUUUAGUUGUCAAUAUAUUGAAUUAGUGAGAUCAAACUUAGAUGAAGUAGAAAUCUAAUUUUAGUUAAAUCAAGGCAAUAUCCUGCAGUUCUAUAGCCUAUAAACAGAGUCUUGGCAUGCCCCAGUUCCCUAACUCACUAUGAUAUGCCAUUUUCUAUUAGUGUAGUUUUUCACAGAAGGAAGGAUCAUCACUUUGAAAAUGGAAGAAAAAUAUCCUACACAUGCUUAUUUAAACUUUUACCUGCCAUUAGUUAGUUUGACUUAUCUGAACCUGCCUCAGAAUCUCGAUGAAAGAGGGUUGCCUUGUGUAGUUCUGCCUCAUUAUCUCCUCUGAAACAUUUUUACAGCCACUUUAGAGUAGCAUACAAUAUCCUAGUCAAAUGUAGGCCAGAAUUUCAAGAUGUGGAUAAUUUUUGAUGUCGCUUUUUAAUUAUAUUGAUAUUAAGACUAGUAUCAUUUCUUAAGGCCUAUCUUUCUCCCUUAAAACAUUUCUGAUUCUUCCAGCUGGCAGUUUUAAAAUUAUAUGAGCUACAGUCCUUAGUACAUAAUGAGCUUAUAAGGCUGCUUAACUCUUUAGUUUUCACUACUUCUUUAAAAGUCAACCACCUACAUUGUACUUAUGUGAGUUUUGUUGUCCCUUGUUCAAGUGUAUGCAGAUUCUUCUUUCCUGCCUACCUGCAUCAGCUGGAAACCAGCCUUUGAUUGCUUGAAAGUAAAUCCAGGAGCUCUUGGAGGAAACUGAUUUUCUAGAUCCAUUUCCAUCAGAAUUUAGGCCUGGUUUUGGCACAAAAAGUGUUUUGGUCGCCCUGUACAAUGACUUCUGUUGGGAGAGAGACAGGAAAAAAUUGUCCUUGUUAAUUUGCCUUGACCUCUCAGCAGCUUUUGAUACCAUCCAUUAUGGUAUCCUAGAGUAGCUGUCCAAGUUAGGGGUGGGUGGCACUACUUUGUGGUGGUUCCAGUUCUACUUGGAUGGUCAUUUCCAGAGGGUGAUGCUUGAGGAGUGUUCUUCUGCCCUGGGAAGACUUCAGUGUGGUGUUCCUCAUGCUUCAAGUUUAAUAUGUAUAUGAAAUCACUGAGUGGGGUCAUCUGGAGUAUUGGAGUAUGUUGUCAACAAUAUGGGGAUGACACACAGCCCUACUUCUCCUUUACAACUGCAGGUAUGGCAGCGGUUGUGCAGGGCUGUUGUAUUGGCUCUGUAAUGGACAAGAUGAGAACUAAGAAACUGAAGCUCAAUCCAGACUGAGGCAAUGUUUGUGAGUGGCUCCCUAGAUAGAUGGGAGGAUAGGAGGUAGCCAGUGUUAGAAACUGGGAUAGAAAAACUAAGAGCCAAAUGGCUCCUGGGAACUGGGUUGUGGGUGCCAAAACAGAAUGUCUAGUCACUAUUGUGGGGGGGUCGGAAACACUUUUUAUUAAUUAUUUUGAUAAGCAGGAACUAAUGCACAAUUCAAAUAAGUGUCACAUUGUUAAUAUCAUAUUUUAGCAGAAAUUGUUAAUACAUGUUUAAUUUGGUGUUUACAAUAAAAAUAUUGGUACCAUACUUCAGUUUUCAAAACACUCUACUUUUUGUUGUUAAACUCCUUAAAAUAUUGUCUACCAUUAACAUAUACUUUGAGGCUUCAAAGCACAUACAUAUCAGUAAUCCUUGAGUGUUAGCCAGGCACAAAAAAAUGGCACCCAGACUUUUUGAGGUGCUCGCAAAUGGAGAAUCUUUAGGUGCAAAAUGUGCCUGGCGCCCUGCUAAUUUUGAACCCUGGAGGUAGCCUGCUCUUCAUGGGAUUAUACUCCCUCUGAAGGAGCUGGUAUGCACCUUGGGGUUUCUUCUCAAUCCAUUGCUGUUGCUUUAAGGCUCAGUUGGCCUCAAUUGUGUGGAGUGCCUUCCAUCACCUUCAGCUGGUGGCCUACCUGCGGCCCCUUUCUGGACAGAGAUAACCUAACUACUGUUGUCUGUGCUCUGGUAACAUCUAGGUUAGAUUACUGCAAUAUGUUAUAUGUGGGGCUGCCUCUGAAGAUGGUUCAGAAAUGUCAGCUGGUGCAGAAUUCAGCCAGGUUGCUCACCAAACCAUUUGAGCAUGUAACAUUAAUGUUGGCCCGACUGCACUGGCUGCCAGUUGGUUUCUAGGUCCAAUUGAAAGUGCUGAUUUUGACCUACAAACCCUUAAGCAGCUCAGGACCAAAAUACCUGAAGGACAUCCUCUCCUUAUGUGAACUGGCCCAGACCCUGCAAUUAUCACCUGAGACCCUUCUUCUGCAAGAGGUAUGAAGGGUGAAAACACAAGUGUGCACCUUUGUUGUAGUGGCUCCACACUUACGGGGUGCUCUCCUCAGGGAGGCAUUCCUGACAUUUUCAUUAGAUGUCUUUAGGGGCCAGGCAAAAACAUUCUUCUUCUCCCAGGCCUUUGGCUAAUUAAACAAUCUAUUUUCUUCUAAACUGUGGAGGUGGGAGUUAUUGGAGGGUUUUGGUAUGUAGUUUUUGUGUUUUGUAAACUGCCCUGUGAUUUUUGGAUAAAGGGCGAUAAUAGAAAUGUAAUUGAUAAUAAUGAUAAUCUGUUUUCUGUUUCUAAAACAAAACAAACCUAUAUCAUGAACAAUAUGAUUUGUAAGUGGCAGCAAGUUACAAAACAUUCAAAUAACAUAAUUUUAAAUAAAAGGGACCUGUCUGUGAAGUACUCUACAAGUGGCAAUUAUAAUAUAAGAACAGAAAUAACAUUGUGCUGCAAUGUAAGCUUAAAGCAUAUCAGAAAUAAGGAACUACACAGGCAAUGUCCUGGCAACUGCUAGUACUUAAGGGUCUAAAACUGAUAACUUUUUUUACGGAGUAUGUGUGGCUUCCUUUACCUAAAAUGUUUUGAGAUUGUCAACCACCUGGACUGGAUAAGAAUAAAAGAGCUGAAAUUAAAUUAGGAUGAGACAGAGGUGCUUUUGGUCAGAAGGUAUAUCGGCCUGUACUGGAAAGGAUUGUAUUCCACUUACAGGACCAGGUUCAUAGUUUAGGAGUACACCUGGAUCUAGUCUUGUUAUUAGCUGCUCAGAUGUCAGGAGAGUUUCUGUUCAGCUUUGGCUGGUGUGCCAAUCCGUUCCUGGUCCUGGUCAUACAUGCAUACAUUUUGACUGGGGCUAGUGGUCUGUCAGCUGCACUGGCUUCUAUUCUGUUUUGACUGCAGUUCAAGAUGGUGGUUAUUUUGUAUAAAACGCUAAGUAGCUUGAAACCAAGCUGCUCGAAGCAAUGUCUCCUCUUAUGUGAAUCUGCCCUGUUCUUUAAGAUCAGCUGUUGAGACCCUCUUUUGUGUACCAUUGCCUUUUAAGGCAAGAACUUUCUCGGGGGUGGCACCCAAUAAGCAGAACCCUGCCCCAAGAGGUUGGGCUAUCUUCUCUAUUUGGAUUCUGCUGGCACACACUUUUUAUUCUGCUGCUGCUGCUGCUUAUGGUACUGAUUGUGAAUGCUUUUCUUUGUUUUAUGCUGCUAUUUUUAGUUAAUAAUUACUGAUAUAAAGGUAUGGAUUAUGGUUACUUUUAUGCUUGCAUUGUAUCUGUAAACUGCACUGAGCAACUCCUUUAUUCAGGGGGAAGGGAUGUGACUUUUAAAAAAUAGAUGUGUUUAUUAACAAACCCUUCCCUUUAUUUGGGAGGUCAUAGCUUAAGGAAUUGGUGAAGAAUCUGGUUGAAGUUUGUUGAAGAUUGGUAGCUUGGUGAUGAAGUUGAAGUUGAAAUUAUAAAUGCAGAUUUCAGUUCGGUCAUAAGAAUGAAUAUUGUUAUGAAUUGCAGAGGGGGGUCAGUGUGAGUGAUACCCUGGGUCCCUUGCAGUUGUUGGGAUCAUGUAUCUGUGAGAGUGGAAUGUUUAAGAGGAAGCUUGCCAAAGCAGUUCCUUUGUCAAACUAAUAGCUUUGGCUGGCUUGUUAAGUACCAUGAUUUAGCAAAUCCAAAGAAGUUGCCCUGUGCCAUAGAAACAAAUGGAUGGGCCUUUCUCCAUCCACAUCACCUGGCUGAUAGGUAGAAGAACAAUAGCCAGAGUUGUUAUUUGUGUAAGCUGAAAAGCUGGAGACUACGUUGGAGAACAGAUAUGCCUUCCUCUAUGCUGGAUUUUGUGGUUCUGCUUGAAACCUAGUGGAGAAGCAAGAUCUGUUAGACUCGUGUUAGUGCUUGAGCCCCUCCAUCCUAUGUGCAGGUUGCAUUUAUGUGUAAAUAAAACCAUAUACCCUGAAGACUGGUGUCUUUGCUGACCUUCAUUGGAAGGUAACAGAACCUAGAGUAAAGUGCAGGCACUCCUGGAGUCUCACUUCUUGGAGUUUGAGAUGGUGCCUAACAGUAUUUUCAAUUUUCACAUUCCUUUCUAGCUUGGAUCAAGAGUAGUAUGCUGUUAGCAAUGUCAGACUUCUACUCACCAAGUGGAACUCUGGGUUUGAUCCAGGCUAACUUAGUUACAUUUGGAUCACAUUGAUAUCUACAAGGCUUAAAUCAUGAUUAAUCCUGUUGAGAUCAAUGUGACAAAUUAAAGUUCAGCUAAAUUUGUUCAGAUCCAAUCCCAUGUAUUUGAAAAGCUGUCUGACAAAUACAUUUACAUAAAAUAAGUAGAUUUAAUUGCUUUAAAAAACCUAUUAAAUUUUACCUUUUCUUCUAGGUUUAACUACAGAUCAACACAUCAUCUUGCGUCACAUGGAUUUUAUGAAUUCCUAAACUGGUUUGACGAAAGAGCAUGGUAUCCACUAGGAAGAAUAGUAGGUGGGACUGUAAGUACCAGAAAAUGUAAUCAAGUUUUAAGAAAAUGUCCAUUUAUAAAUGAAUACUGUUACUUCCAUUCCAUGUUAUACUUUGAGUUUUUAACUCCAUUUAUAUCAAAUUUUAAAAUUUCAAUUACAGCAAGUAUGUAAAAAAUAAGCUGUUUUUCAAUUAAAUUUAAAGUGUUCAUAUUUAUAUUUAUCUCAGUAUUGAAUCAUGACCAUCUAGCAGGACCAGGAUCUGGGAGAUCCAGAUUCGAAUCCCUACUCAGUCAUGAAGCUCACUGGGUGAUGUUAGGCCAGUCACAACCCCUUACCCUCCCUCACAGGGUCGUCGUAGGGAUUAACUGAGGUGGGGAGUGAACCAUGUGCUCCUUGGAGAAAAAGGUGGGAUAUAAACGUAAUAAGCUCUUCUGCUUACCUGCUUAAGAAAGCUGGAGGGGCCAGCCAGAUGGAGAUGUCAGUCACCAACCUGGUGAUCUCAGAAAUCUCCACGUGGUUGCAGUUGAACUUGCACCAGUCACAUAAUGUGCUUGGUGAAUUUCUAACUGGACAGAAUAGUCCCUAGGACAAUUCAAUUUUAGAAAUGUAAUUUGGCUAGCUUUUAUAAGAGAAAGAUAUUAGUGAGCUGCGUAGGCAGAAAAGCUUGUAGUUGAAAAACAUUCAUAUGAGAAAAUGUUCUUGCAAACAAAAGAUUCAACUUCUAUGUUUUUCAUGAUAGGGUUGUGGUAGAAUAUAAUUGCUGUUGUACUGCAGAAAUGUUUUGCAUGAACCAUCUCUGAUGGAUAUAGAUGUGUCCUUGAACACCAGUUAGCUCCUUUUUCAAUCUAAGAAGUGCUGUUUGAGUAGAUUUACAAGAUGCUAGUCAAUAAAGCGAAUCCUUGCGCAUUUGAUCAAUAAAACAUUUAAUGAAAUCAAUUUGUUCCUCUUUUUAAAAAUCCUGAUUUUUCUGUUCUGAUUUGAAUUAUUAUAUCAUAAAGCAUAGCUCUGCCAAUUUUUGCAGCAAACGGUGUCAAUAUUGCUUGAUGUGGUUGUGUAAUAGUUUUGGGUUACUCAGUUUAGCUUUAUAUUAGGGUGCGUUCCCUUAGUACAUAUAACCUAUGCCAUAAACUUUCAAAAUCAGAAGUACUAUUUCUGUAAAUAAACUAUUUGAUGCUUUCUGCUGUGGCUUCAGCAAAUGAAAUUCAGUAAAUAGGUGAUAGCAAUAUUACUUUUGGCAACCCUGAGGAAGGGCUGUAGCUCAGCAGAACACCCACCUUGCAUGCAGAAAGUCCCAGAUUCAAUCCUCAACCUCUCUAGGUAGGGCUAGGAACACCCCCUGUCUGAACCUCUGGAGAGCUGCUGCCAGUUGUGUAGACAGUACUAAGUUAGAUGAACCAAUGACCUGACUUGGUGUAAGAUAUUAUUAUUAUUUUUUAUUAUUGAUUGAUUGAUUGAUAUUAAUAUUAAUAAAUAAUAUUAUUAUUUAUACCCCAUCUGGCUGGGUUUCCCCAGCCACUCUGGGCUGCUUCCAACAGAAUAUUAAAAUACAAUAGUCUAUUAACCAUUAAAAGCUUCCCUAAGCAGGGCUACCUUCAGAUGUCUUCUAAAAGUCUGGUAGUUGUUUUUCUCUUUGACAUCUAUUGGGAGGGCGUUCCACAGGGCGGAUGCCACUACCAAGAAGGCCCUCUGCCUGGUUCCCUGUAACCUCACUUCUCACAGUGAGGGAACCGCCAGAAGGCCCUCAGAGGUGGACCUCAGUGUCCGGGCUGAACGAUGGGGGUGGAGACACUCCUUCAGGUAUCCUGCACUGAGGCCGUUUAGGGUUCUAAAGGUCAGCACCAACACUUUGAAUUGUGGUCGGAAGCGUACUGGGAGCCAAUGUUGGUCUUUCAAGACCGGUGCUAUGUGGUCUCGGCGGCCGCUCCCAGUCACCAGUCUAGCUGCUGCAUUCUCAAUUAGUUGUAGUUUCCAGGUCACCUUCAAAGGUAGCCCCACAUAGAGCGCAUUGCAGUAGUCUAAGCGAGAGAUAACUAGAGCAUGCACCACUCUGGUGAGACAGUCUGCAGGCAGAUAGGGUCUCAUCCUGCGCACCAGAUGGAGCUGGUAAACAGCUGCCCUGGACACAGAAUUCACCUACGCCUCCAUGGACAGCUGUGAGUCCAAAAUGACUCCCAGGCUGCGCACCUGGUCCUUUAGGGGCACAGUUACCCCAUUCAGGACCAGGGAGUCCUCCACACCUGCCCACCUUCUGUCCCCCAAAAACAGUACUUUUGUCUUGUCAGGAUUCACCCUCAAUCUGUUAGCCUCCAACCACCUCCAGACACUCACACAGGACCUUCACUGGUUCUGAUUUGAAAGAGAGGUAGAGCUGGGGAUCAUCCGCAUACUGAUGAACACCCAGCCCAAACCCCCUGAUGAUCUCUCCUAUUUGUCAGCUAUCAUAUCUCAUGGCCUUCCUUUUAGGCAAUUCAAGAUUUACAAACAUAUACAGUGGUGCCUCGCAAGACGAAAUUAAUCCAUUCCGCGAGUAUCUUCGUCUAGCGGUUUUUUCGUCUUGCGAAGCAACCCUAUUAGCGGAUUAGCGCUAUUAGCGGUUUAGCGGCUAUUAAAGGCUUAGCGGCUUAGCUGCUAAAAGGCUAUUAAAGGCUUAGCAGCUUAGAAAAAGGGGGGGGAAAGCGAGAAAAAAUCUCAAGACUCGCAAGACAUUUUCGUCUUGCGAAGCAAGCCCAUAGGGAAAUUCGUCCUGCGAAGCGCAUUGAAAAACGGAAAACCCUUUCGUCUAGCUGGUUUUCCGUCUUGCGAGGCAUUCGUCUUGCGGGGCACCACUGUAAUGAGGUAUGUUCUUUUUAAAAAAGUGUCUGAAAGAAUACAGGCCAUCUGUGGUAGGAUCCUUAGAAAUACCCCCUUUAAAAUAUUUGCAUGAAUAGUCUCUCUGCUCCCCACCCCCAAUCUUUUUGUUCCCCCCUGUAGAGGCUGCUUUUGAGAUUGCUUCUCUUGUUUAUCUUGUACCCUUUUCCCUAGCUGCUACUGGAUUCAUUUAGCUAGCUAGGGUUUAAUGCUCCGGAUUUUCUAGUUAAUGGCCUAUGUGCUUUUUGAACAUUAGCUUUAUGCUCAUUUGGAUUUUAAAUACAAUUAGAUCCAUACAGGCGGUGUUGAGAAAAAUCCUGGGCCCACCCUCAUAAAAUAGGAUUUUUUUGCUUGCAGUUUGUGAAAAUCUUUUAUAAAGCAAUUUAGAUUAAGCAGGUGUCUUUUGUUGUGUUCCUUAGCCAUCCUUGAAACCCUGAAUUAUAUACCAUAUUAUAUGUUGUUUUAUAAUAUUAAAGCUAAUUUAAUGCUGAUACUGAAAAAUAUAUCUGUAUGUUCAAUUGCUACCAAAGAAAGUGUUAAUGAAAAUGUGUGUGUGUGUGUGUGUGUGUGUGUGUAUUAAAAAGACGUUUGGCUCUAGUAAUAGCUUGGUCUUAUAUGGGUUGUGGAAAUAACAAUCUCUUCUACAUGUGGGUUACAUUAAUAUAUUUUAAGUCUUUCUGUAACAUUGAUUCAAAUAGAAGAAAAAUGCAUUUUUCGUCUGCAAUUUGGUAAAUCACUUUUCCACUCUCUCUCCUAGGUCUACCCAGGGCUGAUGGUGACAGCUGGCCUUAUACAUUGGAUUUUAAAUAUGCUUAACAUAACUGUCCAUAUAAGAGAUGUAUGCGUGUUCCUAGCACCAGUUUUUAGCGGCCUUACAUCAAUUUCUACUUUCCUGCUCACCAGAGAACUGUGGAACCAGGGAGCAGGGCUUCUAGCUGCUUGCUUUAUUGCGAUAGUACCAGGUUACAUAUCACGAUCAGUUGCAGGGUCUUUUGACAAUGAAGGGAUAGCUAUUUUUGCACUGCAGUUCACAUACUACUUGUGGGUAAGUAACAACUCAUGCUUCAUAAUUUUUAUCUCACUGUCUUUUAGUAUUUUGAAUCUGUCUUCGUUGUUUCUGCCUUUUAAAUUGGCUUUGAUUUUAGAUUUCUUCAAUCGGGUACUCACAAGAAAGCAACGAUUUAAAAAUUUGAGGGCCUUUUUCGCUUAUGCUAAUUACUCUCUUUCCAAAAGAAAAAGUUGCAUUGUUAUAUGGUAAACUGGUUUUGAACUGGUGAAAUAUUUCAUGGUCUUUAGCUAGAUACUGUUUGAACACUUCCUGCAUUAUGUCAAGGGCCAACUUAUUCUUCAGGGCCUUUUAACUGGAGCAGAGCUUUCCGAACGUUUCAUGUUGGUGACACACUUUUUAGACAUGCAUCAUUUCACAACACAGUAAUUCAGUUUUACUAGCAAUCUGGAGGUUAAAGUAGGAGGAGCAUGGGGAGUGUUCCCAUAACACACCUACACACUGCAGCCGACACAAUAAUGUGUUGCAACACACAGUUUGGAAAGCUCUGAACUAGAGGGAUCGCAAGUAUAAAUGAUAAGAAUUCAACAGCCAUAAGCAUUACUUUAUUAUUUAUUUAAAACACACACACACCCUUCUAUCAGUUUAACAAAACUCUCAGGGCAGCUCAAAGCAGUCAUAAACAGUAGCCAUGCAAGUUUCAUUUAACAUGUCAUCAGUUUGAGCAAAUUCCUAAACCCAUGUUCCUGAAAUAAUGUUGAUGGAAGUGGCCUGAACUAAGCCAAUCCAAGACCUUUAUUUCCUAACCUUUGAACAGUAUCCUUUGUUAAAGGUAACGUUCUUGUAGAUAUGACUUUUAAAAGUGGUCUGAUGGGGUCAUGUUGACACUAAUAGAGAUCAUAAUUGGUUACAUUAGAGAUAGUAAUGGCGCAUUAGUCUAUUGCUUUCCCACCUGCUUGUUCUCUGCUCCUAAUCUAUUUUCUCCCAAGUCCCAUUUCCUCCCACAGGAUUCCAAACAUGUGUUAACCCUCAGAGGUAUCUUGGGAGAGGUGAGGUGUAGCAGCAAAGUAAUAUGAGGGCAUGAUUAAGAACGGUCUCCUCUCCCCUCUCCCCCAUUGCUGCUUCAUUCUAAAUCAACUCCUGAACUGGCUUUUCCCUACAAAGCAGAUUUGAUCAUCAGGAUAUCAUUACUUAGAAGUUUGUGUAGUUUAGACCCUAAAAUUGUAUUACACGGUCUAACACAUGUUUAAAAGUGCAGUAGAAGUCAUAAUCAAACAUUAAAAAGUUUAAUAGUUAAAGUUGGUGACAUUUUGCUAUUGUUACAAAAAUUGAGCUAUACAAUAUAAUUUAAUACAUAAUGCAACUUUAAUAUUAGUAUAUAUAAUACAAACAUAACAGAUAAGCUCAUAUAGGACUGCACCCUAGUGUGUGUGUGUGUGUGUGUGUGUGUGUGUGUGAGAGAGAGAGAGAAAGAGCAUAAGCCAUGCCCAGCUGUGGCAUGAAGCCCACAGUGCAUUGUGUAUUGGGAAAUCUUCAGUGCACGUGUGCCUGGAGAACAUGUAACACCAAACAGUUGUUUAAUACUAUGUCGGAAGCAUAUCAGUGUGGUAAUGGAAUGAAUAAUCUCCCAGUAAAGUACCUUAGUUAAUUCUGAUGCAAACCUUAAAAGUAUAUUUAGUUCAACCUCUGCUCUUAAUUGUUGUUUUUUAAUUUGAAUGAUACAUUUUUUCUUGUUUCUGCUGAGUUAUAACACAAAUCACCAUUUGUAGGUGAAGUCUGUGAAAACUGGAUCAGUCUUCUGGACCAUAUGCUGCUGCCUAUCCUACUUUUACAUGGUAAGUGGUAUCCUAAAUAAUGUACAUAAUGUGACUUUGAAAUCAUUUAUUGGCAGAACCCAAAUGUGCAAGUCACAUUCUUUAUUUGUACACUGUAAUUGCUUUUAUUAAUAGUAUAUUGGAGCAACAUUUAAAGAUAGAAAAAAGUCUAACAGCACUUGUCUGAAAACACUGACUUUAUAAAUAUGAUGGUAGGUUUGAAAAGUUUGUUUAACAGAAAAUGCCUCUUCACUUUAGAGAAUUGGUUUGCAUUUUGUAUCUUGACUGAAGUUAGUUGAAGAUUUAUUUUAAGCAUGCCACUUGCCCAGUUUGCACCUCACAUCAAAGAGUGAAUGAGCAGCAUAGUUGUGCACCCUAUUAAAAUGUUCCUGUGGUACUUAGCAUAUGUUGCUGCACUGAGAAUGAAAGAAGCCAGAGUCAUCCAAACCAAGGCUCCUGGUUAGUUUCUUCCAAAUAAACCGUGAUCUGCAAAUCUUGGUCACCACAGGCAUUUGUUUGAACAACACAACAGGCGAGAUUCUGUUUAUUCCGCAGUAUGGCGUCAGCAAGAGAGGUGUGCUGUGGGUACCAGAGCAGGGUGCAUCAGCACAUAGCUUAUUUUAAACUUAUGCUUUACUGUGGUGUGUGAACUAGGUCUCUCUAAUCCUAAAGACCAGAUGAACUGAUUUGUGCUGCUGCGAGACUAUUCACUGCAGUCUUUAAAAUCCAGCAGAAAUCAUUUGCUCCAAAUGGGGAAAUCUAAAAUGUGUGGAAUCUAGAAAGAUCUUUACCUGGCAGUGCAAUGAUCUUAAUGAGGGUGCCAGGUGAGUCUCAUUGGGGAAGGAUGCUCUGUUUUCAGAGCGCCUCCAUCAAAAAUGCCCUCUGCUUAGUAACCACCCACUUCAGCUCUUAAGGGAGACGAGGAAAGAACCCAGAGAAGGGCCUUAAGUGACUUUCUCAAGAUCCAAGCAGAUAUAUUUAUGGAAGGAGGUAAUAGUUUCAGUACUAUAGCUAACACUAGUUUUUUAUUUAAAGUACUUCACUCUGGAUUUUGAUAUAUAUGCUAGAUUAUUAAAGUUAAGUGUUUUUCUUCUUAAAAGUUGCUACAUUUGGAAAAUAACAGAUACAGUGGAACCUCGGGUUGUGAAUGUGAUCCGUGCUGGAGGCACGUUCGCAACCCGCAGCGCUGCGUCUGCGCAUGCGCGGGUGACAAUUCGGCGCUUAUGCUCAAAGCGCAAUUUAGCGCUUCUGCACAUGUGCAAGUACCGCAACCCGGAAGUAACCCAUUCCGGUACUUCCAGGUUCAGCACGGUGCGCAACCCGAAAUUGUGUAACCUGAAGCAUCUGUAACCCGAGGUACCACUGUACUUGGUUGUCAUAUGUGUGACCAGGCUCUCAGUGGUGCAUAAGGUGUGGAUGCUACAGAUCUGUUCAUACUUUGUUUGUUCACUAGUGUUAAUCACUAUAUCCUUUCAUAGUAGAGGAAAACAUUGCAGUUCUUAUUUUGACAUUGUUGGUAAAAUGAAUAAUGCGUCUAAAAUUCAACUAACUGGCAAAUUGCUUAAUGUUGCAGUCUUCUUAAUUGGAGUUAAUGAGUUCCUGCUUGAUAGUAUGUCCCCCGUUUUAUUUACUCUUUUAUUAAAUUUACAAAUACAUUAUAAUGUAUUAUAUAUAAAUCACAAAAGUAGUUCUUUAUGUUAAUACAUAAUAAUUCAUAUUAACAGUAGUAAAGUGAUGGUUUGUAUAAUUUUCUGGAAAACAUUUCACUGAGAGCCAUGAUGUAAAAUCUUAACUAAGGCAUACCCAGAGUAGAUCCAAUGAAAUCAAUGGACUUAAUUAAGUUAAUUAAGUCCAUUGAAUGGGUCUACUCUGAGUACAGCUAACGUUGAAGGUCACGUACAAUGUGUAUAAUCUGUGUAAAAGACUAGUUGAGGAGGAAUAAGUAAAAAAUGCUUCCUGGAUCUGCUUUCUACUGAAAUCUUUCUGUCCUGUGGAUUUUUCCUUGUGGCCUGGAUUAUCUUGUCUUGAAGACAAAAUUCAAUUCAUGUUGGUUAGUUUAAUGGUUUAACAAUAAUGUGUAUAAAUUAGCAUUAUGUUCUGAUAUGUUUAUUUUUCAGGUUUCUGCAUGGGGUGGUUAUGUUUUCAUCAUCAACCUUAUUCCACUGCAUGUAUUUGUGCUCCUGUUGAUGCAAAGAUACAGUAGGAGGGUCUACAUAGGUGAGUGUUUUGAUUUGCUGAGAUUGAAUGAAAAGUGGGGGUUUUCCCAUUCUUAAUCACAUUACUUCCUUUUUCAAUUUAAAUGACUAUGAAUUUAACUUAAUUUAAGUGGUUACUUUUGUCUAGUUACAGGCAAAAUCGUAAAACAGAAUUAUUAGAAUUCCAAUAAGGUUAUUAGAAUUAUUAGAUUUGUUUUACUUUUUAAAUCAUCUUGCAUUGCAUUGCAUUGCUUAUUGUUUCUGCCAUAAGGAAGCUUGCUUAUUUGUUUGUUUGUUACAAAUAAAUAUGCUUAAGGCAGCUAAUAACCAGAGUAAUAAUACUUCAAAAUGAACAAUGUAGUCUAAACAAAAUGAUAAUUUAACAUGGCAGUCAUUCAUCUCAAGAUAAUUUUUCAGAAAUGUAUGCAACUUUCUUACUAUUACCAGUGUGUGACAGAACUGUUUAUAAUGGGACUGAUGAAGCUGGUAAUGAAUGACAGUUGAUCAUCCCAGUGCAAUGAUAUCAGGCAUUGUCCCUGCAAGUAGCUUUGAUUCCACCCUGAGAAGGAGGCAACUAACCUCUCAGUCUCUGUCCCCAGUAGGAUGUAUAAGUGUGAGAGGAGCUUUAUACUAAUCUUGUCUGCUUCGCUGUACAAUUUGGUGUCCUGAAGCUGAUGGAUGCCAUGUAUUAGACCAGGGGUCAGCAAACAUUUUCAGCAGGGGGCCGGUCCACUGUCCCUCAGACCUUGUCGGGGGGCUGAACUAUAUUUUGAAGAAAAAAAUGAACAAAUUCCUAUGCCCCACAAAUAACCCAGAGAUGCAUUUUAAAUAAAAGCACACAUUCUACUCAUGUAAAAACAUGCUGAUUCCCGGAGUGUCCGCAGGCUGGAUUUAGAAGGCGAUUGGGCCGGAUCUGGCCCCCGGGCCUUAGUUUGCCCACCCAUGUAUUAGACAUUGCUAGGGCUUUUCCUUGAGUUCCUAUGCUCUGUUCUAUCCCAAUUAAUUCUGCACUUGUCACACAAAUGAAGCCCUUUUAAAAAAAGGCCAACUGCACAGUGGAAAAAUUGCAAUUCUGCUGUGCUAAAAGGUGACAUGCUACAGUGCAUUGCAUUCUGUAAAUAUGUGUUCUUCGAUUGGAGAUAAGUCUCUUGUGUUGCCUUUUACUAUUAAAGAGCAAUCAGAGGCCUGUAUGCAGCCGUAAUGCUGGGCACUAUAGCACUAAUAUGGUGAUAAAACACUUCCUGCUCUUACAGCUUGCAUUUUGAAUACCUGACUUUAUGUGAUGUCAGGUGAUUGACUGAUGGUCACCUGACAAAAAAUGGACUGAGGAGGGUAUGUGAUUCAGUAUCUCGCCCCUGACAUAAACGUUCAGGUCGGACAUUCCACAUACAAGCGAGCAGCAAGAAAGAAUGAAAUUAUGUGGGAAAGAAGCCUGGUAUGAUUUUCUUUUUUGCAGACACACAUACAAUAACAAAAAAACUAAUGGGGCAUGGUCUAAUUUGCAUCGCAAUCUUGUUCAGGAUCAUUUGAUGUUCACAGAACUUUUCCGGAAUGUAAAUUCUUUGCCAGAAUUGGGCAUAUUUUAUGGCUUUUGUAAAUGGAUGUAAACUGAGAUUCUAUUUGACCUACUUGGCAUCAUAACUACAAUGCUGACUAAACUCCUGCUGACUGCUCAUGCAUAUUUGAUGCAGAGUUAUUGAUGUUGACAUCAGUGUGACUACUUUUGAAUCAGUUUAGGAAAAUUGCAGAAGAUUUUCUGCAAGUGCUUAGCUGCAAAAGGUUACAGUGCUGAAUAAAAGGAAAAAAACCUUCAUAAACAGAAUAAGCUCCCUGUGAUCUAUUUUAGAGCAGUCUAGCGGUAAAGGUAAACAUUUGCAACAGUAGUAGACAAAUAUUUGUCACAAUUUAGAGCUUUUAAAUCUAGUUUCAAAUAACUUUGAGAGGAUGUAAAGUACUAUAUACAUGCAGAAAACUAGUUUGAAUCAGAAGCAACAUUGUAGACUUAAUUCUACGCACGGACAUAUUGACAUUAAGAAUAGAAUUUGGUCACGUUGAACAAAGCUGAUUGUCUUUCAGUCUUUUUCUCUUUUUUGUUUAGGACAACAGGCUUUUUGGCUUGUUACUUUUAAGCAAUUUUAAUGUAAACAUAAUUUUAAGUGAUCCUUCACUAUAGCUGACUUCCAUACCAAAGCAGCUGGCAGAAUUUCGAUGUUCAAGUUUAUUAGCUAGCAAUUAAUAACACAUUUCAAGGAAAAUGAACAAUAUAAUGGAAAUAUCCAGACUGAAUUGAAGGACUAUUUAUCAUUCUAUACUCAAUGAGGAUUGAUCAUGCCCAGUAGCUGCAGAAUACUGAUUAUCUGUUGGAGGAGGGGAAGAAGAAAUACAGUGGCUAUCCUGGAACAGGGUGUGUAGGAGUCACUCUUAAUGCUGCAACAACUUUUUUAGGUCCCACUUUUAAUGCAUAUUUCAUAGAAAAAUGCUCAGUAGCCAAUGUUAUGGAUAUCCAGUGGACACGAGAGAACUUAUGCUUCCUUUUCUUGCUGCGGUGUCUCCCACCUGUCUCUUCUGUACGGUCCUCCAACCCUCCAAAGCAGUUUGGGGGUGGGGAGGUACGUAGGGAAGUAUAGGGGUGGCCAGUUCCAUAGUGCAAGGGGAAGGCUUUUGCAAAAGCCCAUUACACAAGCAGGAUGACACCAUGGGAUGUUGCUCGCUAAGAUAACCGGUAAAAUAGUAGGCACAUCGUAUUACUUUUCUCAUAUCACUGCUUUUAACUUCAUAUGCACAUGUAAUGUCCUUUGCUUGUUAAGGGAAGUAAAAUGUAUUCUUAUACUGCUUAGAAAGACAUAUAUGUGAUGUGCUAUAAAUAGCAGGAUUUCUACUUUCUUUUACUCUUGUAUAGUCUACAUUGAAUGCUGCCCCUUCCCUUCAACACUUGGCUAACAUAUAGCAUAAAUCUGAUUUUCUGCUUAUAUGCAUAAGAAAGCAACUUUUGAAUUGUUCAACAGGAUAACGCUUGCCGCCUUUGCAUUGAAAAUAAGUGGAACAAAGUAGACCCAUAACUUCUUCUUUUUUCACAUGGUUUUUCACAUACCCAUUUGUCAUAAUACUUAAUUAGCUGGACAGUUUUGUUAGUUAUUAGCAAACGGAAUUUGCCAUUGUAUUAUUGAGCAGCACUGAAACUUCCUUGUAGGUUAGUCCUUUCGAGUGUAGGAUUGAAUGUUUCAUGAGGAGAUAAUGAAUAACUAAGACAUCUGGUAUUAUGUUUAGAAAGGUUACAGCAAUCAGGAUCAUCUUGAUAGAUGGACAUUGUUGUUAUGGUGUUUUUCCAAAAGAUUCUUCUAGUGAGAACAGCCCAUCCUUCAGUUUCUAACUUCUCUGAGACUGUAUUCUGCCAAAGGUGUCCUCAAAAAGAAACUUGAGUGGUGGAAGAUUUUCAAAAGUACUUAGUGUAUUCAGGGAAGACUAGCAACGCUCUGUUUGCUGCCAAAGGACUGGUAACGGAUGGUGCAAAAAUCUUGUAUCAUUGUAUUCUGAUAGCCUUUAACUGAAAUUUGUAAAGCAGUCAGUAAAUGAAUUUCUGUGCUGCUGAAAUACACCUAAGGCCCUUAACCUGCCGGUGAGUGUGAGCUAACCAUAUCAGGAAGUCUGAGAAAGGGAGGUCCAAUGUCCAUUUACAAUUCAAGCUAACUGUGCUCACCGUCUAAUUAUACAGUCUAGACCCGACUGUUCUGCUUUCAUCAUGCUGUGAUGUAUCUAAAGAAGCAAGCUCAUCAAAACUGAAUUAUUUCAAGGUGAAGUUUUUAUAAUUAAAAACUCUUUGGCAAGAGAUAUGUAGAGGUUAAGAGGAGGGUGCUAAUCCUUUCCCCAUCUGAUAUCUUCCCCCCCAAAAAAGAAAUCUGAUUCAGAGUCUGCUUUCUGGCCAAAUAGGAAAAAGUAGCUGGGGAAAGAGUUAUAGACAAGCAGCAACAAUUAAACAUCUCCCAGCACUACCAGUUUGGGAAUCCUGCUGGCUGAUGAGUAUCCUUUUUAUCCCCUGCUAGCAUCAAUAUUGGGAAGCAGGUGGCGCUGUGGGUUAAACCACAGAGCCUAGAGCUUGCCAAUCAGAAGGUCGGCAGUUUGAAUCCCCGCGACAGGGUGAGCUCCCGUUGCUCGGUCCCUGCUCCUGCCAACCUAGCAGUUUGAAAGCACGUCAAAGUGCAAGUAGAUAAAUAGGUACUGCUCCAGCGGGAAGGUAAACGGCGUUUCCGUGCCCUGCUCUGGUUCGCCAGAAGCGGCUUAGUCAUGCUGGCCACAUGACCAGCUGUACGCCAGCUCCCUCAGCCAAUAAAGCGAGAUGAGCGCCGCAACCCCAGAGUCGGUCACGACUGGACCUAAUGGUCAGGGGUCCCUUUACCUAGCAUCAAUAUUAUAGAGCAGUGGUGGCCAACUCCCAAGAGACUGCGAUCUACUCACAGAGUUAAAAACUGACAGUGAUCUACCCCCUUUUUUUGAGUUCAGGUCCCAUUUUUGGGGGGCUCGGGUCAAAGUUACUGAGUUUUUUCAGGGAGGAGGAAAAAUGUUGAGCUUCUUUUAGAGGAGCCACAGUUGUUCAGCUUCUUUGGGGGGAGCCAAUGAUCUACCAGUGAUCUACCUGUUGGACAUGCCUGUUAUAGAGGAUGGAGGAAAAUUCUUUAUGAAGGUAUCAUUGUGAAAAAUGUGGCAGAAUUGCAAAGGAUAUUGGGAUGGCAUGGAAUGGGUCUAUAUUCCCUUCGCACAGACUUAGGAAUCUUAUUAGCAUUUUCAUAUGAGCAAACAGUAAUAAAUUUGUUUUUGCAGCCAUCUAAAGUGUUACCGGGUGGGGGAGUUGAUGUGCAGAAUUAAUAAACUCUUGUAAUUAGCAUAAUGGAAGAACACAAAACUGUAAAUGUGACAAUGGAUCCUAAUUGCUGUUAAAUGCCACAGGAUGGCAGUGUUGCAAUAAUUUUGUGACAUGAAUUUCAAAAUAGUGGCAGGCUUGGCAUUUUUAGAGUUAUGUGUGUAAAUAUCUUGGUUAGAUGAAGAUACAAACCCUGAACUGAAAGAAAAAGGGGAGAAAUUAUGCAAAAAGGUAUGCCAUUGAUCACUGUGUGUUUCUGUGGUUUCCAACACAUUGUCUAUUGACUGAAAUGUUUUGAUAAAUGAGUCUUAGUGAAAUGAGUUGUGUUGUGCAAAGAUCAUGACAUUUGAAAUAAAGCUGCUUGAUUGAGGAUGCAAAAGUAUAAUGAACAUAGUCCACAAUUAUAAGGAAAGCUGGUAGAGGUAUGUUGUGUUCAUAAACUGGGAAAAUAUCAAAUAUAUUAGCAGCUUUAUUCUGAAUAUCCAGUUUUACCAGGGCAUUGUUAUGUCAGCUUGCCUAGAUGGAGCUUCAAAGAAAAAAUAGUUGGCAAUCUACAUACAAUAAUAAUUAUUAUACAAGCUGGUUAAGCUCACUUUUGCUGUAUUUUGGACAUCCACAAAAAUGCAUGUUAUGCAACUAAACUGCUUGGUGCCCAAAUAUCUGUAAGCGUGCCUCCAAUACCAGGCAAUUCAGUCUUUAAAAUUGGUGGCAAGGGAAGGAGCCUCUGUUUGGGUCCAGGUCAGGGUUCAUAAGUGGGGAGGAUGUAGAAAGACCUUCUCUGUGGUGCAGCCUCAACUUUCAAAUAAUCAUCUUCAUUGUGUCUCCCUCAUUGUUGGUUUUCAGAUGUCAAUUGAAAACAUUUUUAUUUAUACAGGAUUUUGCAGUUUCAUAAUUGGAUGUUUAAUCCUUAGCAGCAACAUGUGACUUCGUGUUUUAUUUUAGCUUAUACAUGGUUUUUAUUCAUAUAUUUUUGCUUUUUAAAAAAUUCAGAGAACAUUUAUCCAAAAGUUACAAUAUAGUUACAAUACAUUUUCGAUCAAUAUUUUUGCUUUUGUGCUUGCUGUAUAUUUUCCUGCAAUCAACAUAAGAAUAUCACCAAGGCAACUAUCUGUAAACAAACAAUAAACAUCCAUAAAAAUGGCAAAAUGUAGUUUCUGUCCCAAGGAGAUUUUACCUUGAACAAUUGCAGACGUAGGAAUAAAGAGUCCACUUGUGAUAUACCAGUUGUUCAGUGCUUGGAAGUCAUUCCGUUAACCAGACGACAAACUGAAGGACAUGGUCCUCUUUCUAUGCUCCUCCCGAUGGAAACAUGCAGAUGGGGACAGAUACACCCCUGCUUUAAGUCCUAAAAUUAUGAGUAUUGCUUUUAACUCUGUAGUAUGUGUUCUCCCUCAUAAUUUUAAGCACAGACAAAAUUAAAACUUUCUCUGUGUGCAUAAUAAUUUUCCUUUUUUGCUGUUUUUCAUUCACAGCAUAUAGUACUUUCUAUAUUGUGGGCUUAAUAUUAUCCAUGCAGAUACCUUUUGUUGGAUUUCAGCCAAUAAGAACAAGUGAACAUAUGGCAGCUGCAGGUAAGAAAAUUAUUAUUAUUUUAUAUAUUAAAUUUACCGUAUUUUUCCGUCUAUAAGACACCCCCGUGUAUAAGUUACCCCCUAUUUUGGGGGACUCCGAUUUAAGAAAAUUGGGGGAGGAUCUUACCAUGUAUAAGACGCCUCCAAAUUUUGGACAUUAUUUUUUAGGAAAAAAACCUAGUCUUAAACACAGAAAAAUAUGGUAUGUUGUCUUACACCAGAGCCUCAAGGCAAUCUACAAUAAAAUUAUUUAGGAUCCAGUGCACUUCAGAAAAUCCCUAAAUAAAAUAACUGUUUAAUGCAUUGAAAAUACUCACUAUGAAGGUGUUACUCUGUAUUGUAAUCAGUCACACAGACACUAUUUUGGCUGGUAACCAAAUGACAGCCAAAUGUGGCAUAUUUGAGCUAAAGGGAUCCACAAGAGAAUUGGAGUUUUUGUUUACUUAUGGGAACAGAGUAUUGAAUGGCGUACCUCACUGAAGGGCAAAAUAUAAGCAGUUAAAGGAUGGUAAAUAUAUUUGUCUCCUGUUUACAAUCCACACCCCCUUGACUUCCUAUGCCAUGAAAGGAUAAUUAAAAUUAAUGAGCUUAGAGUAAGGAUUGAAAUGUUGUUUGAGAACUUAAACCAAGGUUGUCUUUCUUUAACCAGGUGUAUUCGCACUGCUGCAGGCCUAUGCCUUCUUGCAAUAUAUGAGAGACCGGCUUACAAAGCAAGAAUUUCAGACCUUGUUCUUCCUGGGUAUAUCUCUAGCUGCUGGAGUUGUAUUCUUGAGUGUCAUCUAUUUAACAUAUACAGGUAAAUCAUACAAAAGAAAUGCUUUUCAUUGACAAAUAGAGUUUCAGAUAGGCCCUGAGUAAUCCACAAGAUUCAAUGAGCCCUUCAGGCCUCCCAACAAUGUUUGCAUGAUUCAAAAGAAACUUCAGCAACCUUAUCUAUAGAAACAGCAUUUGGUGUAAUAGCUGGCUUUUUGCACCCAUUAAAGCAUUUUCAAAGCAACUUGCUUUUCUUUCUUUUUUUAGGACUGCUUUAGUAUUUCCUUCAUUUUCUAUUAGUUUAAAACAAAAAACGGUUGUCCUUCUUGAGGGUCUUUCUCCUUUUGAAACAUGUGAAAAGUAGAUAUUGAUCCAAGCCUUUCUAGAAAUCCAUAAUAAUGCUCAUCUACUAACUUAAAUUGUUUUGUUGAAAUUUUCAGGUUACAUUGCACCAUGGAGUGGCAGAUUUUAUUCACUAUGGGAUACUGGGUAAGUAGAAUAGAAACAGCACCAUACAUUUAGGCUAUGCUGAGUGGGUGACAGGUUUUAUCCAUUUCAGACAAACCUCCUGAACUAUGGUCUAUUGUUAUGAGAAAACUGUAAGCUUCCAUUUGCUGUUUGAAACAAUCUGCAGUUUCCCAUUAAAUCCAAAUAUGAGCAACUCUGACUUACGCAAACUACAGUGAGUUCAUUCAGUCGUUUCAUCCCUUGGUUUCAUUUGAACAAACCACUGCUCUCUGUAUUUGUACAUUGAGAAACUUCUGAAUUGUUCCAGAUGACAAAAAGAAGCAUUAAAUUUCCUCCCCUCACAGGUGAAGAAAGAGGGAAAGUGUUUCAGAGUUUAUUUUUGUAUAUUUGCUAUAUAUGUCGUGCAUAUCAAUAGUAGAAUUAUGCUUAGCUGUGAGUCCUGGAAGACCUGUUCCCCGCUUGCACCCCAGUGUUCAAUUGCAGCUGCCUCCCACCCUAAGCUCUGGAGUAUAUGAAAGACCCAAGCAGGCGAGGGUACUCAUGGGCAAAUUGUGUCAAUGUCCCGAGCCAUUUGGAUGUUCCAGAUGUUGGUCAGGGCUUCAAUCAGCCAGAAAAUCCCCCAGAAACCCAUUGGAUUCAUCAGUCUCUUGAGGGCUGACCACGUUGAUAGAUCCCCUACCUCUACAGAGGGGGAAAAGUGCUGAAAAUCUAAAUCUCAGCAGGAAAUGAUCUGACCACCUUUUCACCCUCUUCCUGCCCAGUUGAGGAAAAAGGUCCAGAAUGUAGCCUGCCAUUUGCAUUGGGCUGGCAGUCUGAGGGUCCUCUGCAGCACCUCUGAGACCAGCUUAAGCAGGCAAACUGCUGGGCAGAUUCCCCCCACAACUGGGCACAGAGUGUGUGGAGAGAGAGAGAUGAAAUCUCUGUAGACUACAGCAACACCCCAACCCAACCCUCAAGUCUGUCCUGAUGCAGCACUGAGUACCCAAGUGGGCACAGCUAGGUGAGACCAACCCCACCCUACUCGCCCACCCAGGUUCCAGUGAUUCAGGACCAGAUCAUGGAUGAGGGAGGUCUUACUGAGAGCCAACGUGGCAUUCAGCAACAGCAGCCACAGACCUGAGGGCUGACUGAUAGCACAGCCUCAGUUCCCCAGGUUCGAGAAGGGACUGGCACAUGGCUCAGUUACUGCUUGUGCUGUGUGCCCCUUACCCCUAAACAGGGAUGUGUCUGAUCAUUUGAUCCACACACUUUGCUCACACUUUGGCAAGGCGACAUAGGGAACCUUUGUAAUGAGAAUAGGUUUUGGGCAGUUUCUGGGGUUAAAUGAAAUGCAUUUUAGCUAAAAAAUAAAUAAGUAAAUGUUAACCUGCAUAUUUAAAGGUGUAUUCAGAACGUUACAAAAAUAAUUGAAGAAUGUUCAGUAGUCCUCGGUUGUACUAUCUUUAGUAGUUUCGUCACUUCAAAAUAAUUUGAACUGAAUUUUUUUUAAACAAGGUAUGCGAAAAUUCACAUCCCGAUCAUUGCCUCUGUGUCUGAACAUCAGCCUACAACAUGGGUUUCCUUCUUUUUUGAUCUACAUAUUCUCGUGUGUACUUUCCCAGCAGGGCUGUGGUUCUGUAUCAAAAACAUCAAUGAUGAGAGAGUCUUUGGUAAGAAGAAGUAACCAUCUUUUCAGAACUAAACUAUAAGCUUUAGCUGAAAUGCUGAUGUCCUAGUUGUUAGCUUAGAUUCAUUAGCUUAGUUUACUGCUGUUACUUCAGUGUUGGGUUAAAUGCAUUUCCUCAGGAAGUAGAUAUGUUUCUUAACGUGAUUCCUUUUGAUUGAACUUCCUUUUAGAAUGGCUUAUACUGAAUGCUUCCACUGUGAAUAUACAAGUAGAAUCUUCUCACUAAAUGGCUAAUGCAAUUUUAUGUAUUAUUUCAUACAUUUAUAUACCGCUUGAUUGUAAGGGGAAAACCCUCAAAGCGGUUUGCAAAAAAUAUUAAAGAAUAAAAUGAUAAAUAUGAUUUAUGGUAAUUUAACAGAUUAUCUAUUCAUCAGCAAAUAAACUCUACAGUUAUUUUAGAUACUUUUGUUUGCAAAUUGAUGACUCUGCUCAUAAUAUGGUGAAAUUCCAGUGAUUCCAGAGGUGAGACUUGGUUGGUUUCAAAUGGAGGGGGGGGGGGAGAGAAACCUUUCCAUCACUGUAGUUACAGGUAAUUUUAAAAUGGGCAUUGCUAUAGUUAGCUGCUUCUGAAAUUAUACCUGUCUUUAGUUUGCAUAAGCUUUCCACCAGUGUAGGGUUUGUAUUAGUAUGCAUUUUAAUCCAGUGCAAGAAAAUUACUUUAUUCAAAUUAAUUUGUAAAAAUGCUAUUAAAAUGCUGCUUGUGAGAACUUUUAAAAACUUCUUUCCCUUCUAGUUUUAGUGCAGUCAAGUUUCAGGAGUUCACAGAAACCUUGUGAAGUAAUUUAUAUGCUUUGGUAAAGCUACUCUUUUGUCCUUCAGAUCCUAGUAAACUGAGAUGUCUUUUAGCAAGAUAACAUACAUAUUGAUUUGGUUCUGAUUAAUUUUCCAUAUUUUUUUGAUAAACAACUGAAAUCCCUUUUUAAAGUUCAGAAAUAUAAUCUAUAAUAUAUUUCAAAGGUAGGUUCAAUUCUGUGCACACAGCAGAUUUUAGGAAUCAAAUCUGUAAGCUUCAAGUGUACAGUAAUUGUGCUUAUUUCUGAAGUGGAUAGUAAUCAAGAUUUUAAAAUGUCCUAUAGUAAAUCUCAGUGUCUUUAUUUCUCUACAGUGGCUCUAUAUGCAAUCAGUGCUGUUUACUUUGCUGGAGUGAUGGUUCGUCUUAUGUUAACUUUGACUCCAGUAGUCUGUAUGCUGUCAGCAAUUGCUUUCUCCAACGUUUUUGAGCAUUAUUUGGGUGAUGAUAUGAAGAGAGAGAAUCCACCAAUAGAAGAUAGCAGUGAUGAGGACGAUAAAAGAAACCCAGGAAAUCUUUAUGAUAAGGUGGGACUUGAAGAUCUAGAUGGCUUCCGAUUUUAGAUAUUUUUUUUAAAUAAAUGAAUCCACCUUAAAAGCAAAAACAGAGAGAGCAAAAUGGUUGCAUGUGUAGUGCUUCUGUUCUGGCCAAGGGGUUCUAAGUACUCCAUUUCUCCCCCUUCCCCCAAUUUUUCAUCUCCUUCCAUCAGUCACGCUUACUGAGCAUGUGCGGUCUUCAUUGGCUUUUUCUGGGGAAGCAGCGGACACACUACUGCUCUGUCGCUGCUACAUUAAAAUGUUAGAUAGCUUUCAGUUCCAUCCCUGGGGACGUUUUAAAAUAGGCUCUCAGUAUCAAACAGUUCUUUCUACCCUUUAUAGAUGCAUCUCUCUCCCUUUCCAGCCAUUCUGUUCCAUUCCCUUUCACACUCGGUUGUCAAUUGUUUCCUUUCAGUCUCACAGUGGGAUUGUUUUGGAGGUUCAUUCCUUUGUUUGUUUUGACUAAAGGUGGGUUGUUGUUUUUUUUAGCAGCGUAGCUUUUAGCUGCUGCUUCCUAUCUGCGCUGGUGAUGCAGGUUUUUGUACAUAAGCACGACUACAAAAAGACCUGAACCCUUUUUAGAAGGGGUGAUGUUGCUUUCCAACUUUUGCAGAUGAACUGAAAAAUGUAAGGAAACAAAAUCUCAUUCAUGCAGAUGUUAAAUGUGGACAGAUUUAUGCCACCCCACUACCACACACUUUGGGGGGGGCUGUUUUUGUUUGAGAUACAUCAACAAUUACUAGUGUGCUUUUUAAAAAAACAACCAGUAGAAGACAGCUUCUGACAUCCCUAAUAAAUAGGCAUUUGUCUAGCACAUAACUUGGAAAACAACCCAUGAGGGAAGGUUCUAGAAAUGUGGCUUUAUUGCUGAAUAUGGGGCUUAUAAACCCUAAAAGCCUGGCAUAAGCUGAAAGGCCCCGAAAUUCUAAUUUGUUUUUGUUCAGGCAGGUAAAGUGAGGAAACACAUAUCUGAACAGGAGAAAACAGAAGAGGGUCUUGGGCCGAAUAUCAAGAGCAUUGUGACAAUGUUGAUGCUCAUGCUGCUGAUGAUGUUUGCCGUUCACUGUACAUGGGUAACUAGCAAUGCUUACUCCAGUCCCAGUGUCGUCCUGGCCUCGUACAAUCAUGAUGGGUAAGGCGCCCCAUUUUGUAUGCAUCUUAGUGUGAGUUUAAUAACUGUGUGAGAAUGGUUAGGAAUGCAAAAUACAUCACGUGACACAUUGGCCUGACCCCUGUUCUCCACGGACUUGUAACUUCUGGCUUGAACUACUGCAAAUUCAGAAUGCCACUGAGGUUGUUGGCUAGUUGCAGCUAGUGCAUAAUGCAGCAACUCGACCGCUCACUGGGGUAUCUUAUCACCAUCAUGUUAUGCCACUGCUGGAAGAAUUGCACUGGCUGCCAAUUAGCUACCGAAAUUCCAGAUGCUGGAAGUGAUGCGCAAUACCCCAUACAGCUUGGGUCCAAGAUGCAUUUAAAAAUCACCUUAUUACUUCAAUACACAACCAGUCACUGCUCUCUGCGAGAGCAUCCUGCAGAUGCCCUCCCAACCAGGAGGUUCAUUCUGAAGGAUACAGGACCUGGGUGUUUAGCAUGACAGCAGCUACCCUUUGGAAGUCCCUUAUGUUACGUAUCAGACAGACAUCGUCUCUAUUGAAUUUUUGGCACAUAUGGAAGACUUCUUUUUUCAACAAGCCUUUUAAGUGGAGAUUUUUAUCCUAGUUUGUACUUUUUGGAUAGGAAAUUGCUUUUAUAUAUGAAAUUGCUUUGCAUGUGUUUUUAUUUUUCCUUUUUAAAUUAUAUUUGCCUUUAAAGUUAUAUCUUUUCCUCACAAAAGUGACCCAAAACAAUUUACAUAACCAAUAAACAACUUUGUAUAACAACCAAACAACCAAUGAAACCUAUAAGCCCAACCAUACAGAUAAAUACUGGUCUUACAGAUCCCUCUCCACUAAAAAAGGCUACAAAUAUCUGAAACCCUUUAUUCAUUCACUUUAAGAUGCUUUAUAGGAAGCAGUUCAUAAAUGGAGUAGAAUAAAUAAGAUCUAAUCAAAAUGAGUCUGCUUUCCUAUGAAACAGUGUUGUACUUUCUGGGGGUUUUUUCUCUUGCAGCACCCGAAACAUUUUGGAUGACUUCAGAGAAGCCUACUAUUGGCUAAGACAAAACACAGAUGAACAUGCCAGAGUAAUGUCUUGGUGGGAUUAUGGCUAUCAGAUAGCAGGAAUGGCAAAUCGGACUACUCUAGUUGACAAUAAUACUUGGAAUAACAGCCACAUAGCCCUGGUAUGUAGUGGUAUUUCUGUUUAUUGAGAGCUGGGUGACAGAACAGGUGGCUCUAGAUUUAUAAACAAUUACAUUUAAAUAAUAUGCUGAAGAUUGCUUUCCAUUAUGUUGCUGUAUUUUAUGCCUUAACUCCAAGAUCAUGUUUGAGAAAUGUUCGUUUUCUAGGUUGAUGGUGAUAUCUGAUAACAUAGAAUUUGAAACAGAAAGCAGUGUUUCAACCUUUAUUCUCAAUAAACAUUGAGAUAUCUACCUGACCUUAUCCUGUUUAUAUCCACAGCCUGUCAACUGUGUUAAAGGACAAUGACCAUUAUCACUACUCCCUUUGGACUCCUCUUGCUGAGAGGAGCAGCAGGGGAAGAGUAUAUUCUAAUGGGGCUAUAGCUGUCUUCAUAAAAAGUGGCCCGAUUUAUAUAAUAAGCCAUGGUUUAUGACAUCUUAACUGGGCCAGUGACUACAAAAAUAUGUGCUGUAGUGUUGCCACAUACUGAACGUAACUGAAGUUUUAGGCUUGAAAGAUAUAUCAUUAUAGUGUUUUAUGUUUUAUUUUAUAUUUAAGUUGUGUUUAUACAUAUUUUAAGCCAACCACUGACUCUCGUGUAUCUUUUAGUUAAACUCGAUGCUACGAUUAUUUCAGUUCUAUAUUUCACAUUGGAUGAAAUGACCUCUAAUAACAUGGGCUAAUGAUAUAUCUUGACUGGUUGGUUAAUAACUGCUUUUUAGACAAGAACGCUUGCAAGUUUUAGAAAUAACUCUCUUUAUUGCAGGUAGGAAAAGCUAUGUCUUCAAAUGAGACAGCAGCUUAUGAGAUCAUGAAGAGUCUGGAUGUGGAUUAUGUGUUAAUAAUUUUUGGAGGUGUAAUUGGCUACUCUGGUGAUGAUAUCAACAAAUUCUUGUGGAUGGUGAGGAUAGCGGAAGGAGAACAUCCUAAAGAUAUCAGGGUGAGUUGAAAUAUAAUUUCCCCCCCCCCAAAAAAAAACCCCUUUAUUAAUUAUGUUAGGGCUGUUGGUUCAAUCUAUCAAGAUCUUGCUUCUAAUUCUGCCACACUUCUAUUGAGAAAUUUUCCUGAUAUAUUCUCUGGAUUCUAGGUACUUCUCAGUAGAGCUAUAAUUAGAUGACAUCCUAAAAGUCGUAGUAUUUUAUGUAAUAAAUAAUAGUAUUUUAUGUUGAGGGAUUGCUUCAAAUCAGGCCUUAUCAGACAUUGGUGCCAUAUCAUAAUAUACCUGAUAAGAGUUGAAAUGAGAACAAAUUGUGGUCUUCCCUUAUGGACGGUGCUUCUUUCUUUAAAAAAUGUUUAGGGGUACUCACAUUUUGACUCAAGAAAAUCACCAUUUUAUAGUUCAAAUCGGGGGAAAUAAAAUACAGUAAAUGGACAAAACUACAAAGAUUCACAAAAUGUUUAGGGGUAUGCAAUACCCCUGCAUCCCCCCAGAAAAAAAGCACUGCUUAUGGAUGUUCAGAAAUGUGUCUUUCUUGGUGACACAGCUGAAUAUUCUUACAGUUGAAUAAUCCAAUAAUUCAGUUUCUGAAUGCUUAAGUAAUAAUUUUGCUACUGUACCCCCCUCAAAAAUCAUGGUUACAGCCUGUAUAGAAAAAAACAAGAUUGAGCUCAGUCUGAGAGUUAAGUCAGUUUAUUUGAAGUAGAAACCAGUUACAGCACCACUUUAUUUCCCAUAUUGUGGCAACAUGCAUAACACUAAUUGUAUUUCCUUUUUCUCCCUAAAGGAAAGCGACUAUUUUACUCCACAGGGAGAGUUUCGAGUUGAUAAAGCAGGCUCUCCAACCUUGCUAAACUGUCUCAUGUAUAAAAUGUCAUAUUACAGAUUUGGAGAAAUGCAGGUUAGUGGAAUUUUGCUAUCUUAAAUGUGUGUUUUUUUGGGGGGGGGAAUGUAGGCCACUUAAUCCAGAAAAUCUUUAAGCGAUAUGCGUAAUAUAAUUAUCAAUAAAAGUUAAAAUUGGCAAAACUUUUAAAACGAAAUAGAAUGCUAGUUUUUAGAAUAUAGUUUAACAACUAACCUCAAAGAAUCCAUAGUCUUCCUUUGUGGUCUUCCUUUGGCAGAAUAAGGAUUGGGGUGGUCUUCAGUGACUCUCCCAAACCUCUAGAGCAGAUUGACAGGUGGCUAUAGGUGGGAAGGGGAAUAGUAUCAACCUGAAGAGUGCUUCAAUCACUGUUUAGUUGAUGGGAGACUUACUGGAUCAAAUAGCCUUCUAUCAAGUUCCAGUGAGGGACACCCAUUAGUAUAGUAUUAUAGUACUUUAGUGCUAAUAUGAUAAAAUAGCCAAAGGCCUAAGAGGGAAAGGAAGUGGGAGUAGAGGUCAAAUAUGCUCUGAGCUCUUGUAACCCCAGGGUUAAAGGAUCAGGUGGGUAUUAACAUCUGCAUGGAGCUUUCAUUAUAAGUAACUAGGAAGAGCUGGUUAAUAUGGGCUUAUAUUACAAAGUUAAAUAAAGGGCAGACAAAGGAAUGUAAUUCAUUAUCUGUUAUAUUUCUUAUGUGAAGGUUGCCGUUUCUAAUUUUUAUAAUGAAAACUGUAGAUUUCACAGUACGUGUUUCUUCUAUGGGCUACAAAUUUGUAUAAUAUGUAUUUUAAGCUAAUCUUUGAAUUAAUUUUUUUUUUUAAUGCACACAUUAUAGAUCAUGUUUCUUAGAAAAAGAAAUAAGGCAUAUAAGUUUUAAAUUCAAUUUAAGGAAACAUUUAAGGGAAAUGUCUGAAGGGGAUAAUCUGGAAGUGUAGCUUUGGGUGUCAGUGGUAUGACUCGCAACUCUGCCUUUCAAUUGCCAUCAUCUGAUCCCAGGGAGGUGGUGUAAAAUCGAAACUGGUGCUUGGGGGCGGUUUGGUAUUGGAUGCGGCUGAACAAACCAUUAGGGGAACCAGAUGACAGGUGUAGAUGUGUGCAACCUCUUUUGGAUGAGAUCAGAAUCUUGUAGCAGCAGGUGCACAACUUGAGAGUUGUCUUGUGAAUGUAGCUCUCAUCACCAAGCACCUUUUCCCAAAACCUUGCCAGAAGAAAUCUGGCAUCCCAUUACUUAAGAGGCUUGAUGACAGUAAUGCAGAGGUUUUCAACCUUUUGGGGUCCACAGCUCCAUUUUUUCUGUGGCACUCCUGUGGGGCUCAGGAGCCCAGUUAUGUCACCCCUUGCCUGCAGAGCCGGCAGCCCCUCACUUUUUGAACACUCUCCCUUGUGGAGUAUUCCCUUGGCCUCCUUUCUCCUCCUUUCUCCUUGAGAGUCCUCUGGCUGCUACCCCUGGUCUUUGAGCUGCCCCCCUCACCCCAAAGAGAGGUGCCUCCUCACAUUGCCACACAGGAGCCUAGGAAGUACCCCCUGGCCAGCCCCAGAGGCACCAUUCGCCUGGGGAGCUUGUAGCCAGGGCUGCUGCAACAAACAGCCAUGCAAGCCUUUGGGAGGCAGAGAUGCAAGAGGGCAUCAGAGGAAGGUGGGAAGGAAAGAGGGACUGAGGCCAGUGUUGCCAGCAGCACCCCAGGGUGCCACAGCACACUGGUUGAAAACCACUGCUGUAAUGUGUUACUCUAACAGGGACUCCCAGAGUUCUGAAGGUAAUAGGAGAUAAAAGCACACAACAGUGAUCCUUUACCAACUCCCACUAGUAUCCGUUUAUUGGUUUUGAUCAGGCAUAGGCAAACUCGGCCCUCCAGAUGUUUUGGGAUUACAACUCCCAUGAUCCCUAGCUAACAGGACCCAGUAGUCAGGGAUGAUGGGAAUUGUAGUCCCAAAACAUUUGGAGGGCCGAGUUUGCCUAUGCCUAGUUUUGACCCAGCUUCUUGUAGGCAGAUUUUAUUCAGGGAGCCUUCUCCUAUUUUGACUCUAGUGUUUUAACUGUUGCUUUUUGGUUGUUGUGGUGGCUUAUAUUUUUGAUUUUAUGAUCAGCAGUUUUUCAUUGUGAGGCUGGAUGGAAUCCUUUAAAUCAGUCUCCCAUUUCCAGCUUUUAGAUUUGGUUCUGGGAAGAGAUUACACAUCUGUAAAUAAAUGGGAUAAUAAUGUUUUGGAUAGUCCUUUUGUACUUUUUUAUUUUGUACUGUAUACAUCUAAAAAUAAGGAACUUGUUGCAAGCAAUUGCCAUAGAUCGGGUGCUCCAGAUUUUUCAUGUAAAUUGUACCGACAUUUGAGGCCCAAACAUUUAAAUGUUAAUAGUUUUAUACCGCAAUGUAGCGAUUUGAAGUUAAGGCCCCCAUAACAAUAUCCUAUUGUAAAAUGUAUGGCAACUCAUAUAUAUUUUAGAACUUGGAACACUGGGAGAUAUUUUUCAAAGUAGUACUUUGAGUUCUAUUCACAGGAUUGCAUUUUAUAUCUUUAACCUAAUGUGUGACAUUAACUUUUUGUAGCUGGAUUUUCGGACACCUCCAGGAUUUGAUCGCACACGCAAUGCUGAGAUUGGCAACAAGGACAUUAAGUUUAAACAUUUGGAAGAAGCCUUCACAUCAGAGCAUUGGCUUGUUAGAAUAUAUAAAGUGAAACAGCUAGACAACAGAGAGACACUGGACCAUAAGCCUAGGCUAACCAACAUUUUACCAAAACAAAAGUAUUUGUCAAAAAAGGUGGGUUCCCAGUGAAGUAUGCCUAAGGAGGUUCAUAGUGUUACACAAAUUUACCAACUAUAUGAUUAGUUCUUUCUACUAGCCAGACGCAGAGAGAGUUUGUAUCAAAUAUCAGACCUGCCUGAUGGUAACCAUGGUUAACUAACACUGACUAAGCAUGUGAGGGCAACUAAAUUCAUUGUUGUGCUAAUUGGCAGGCUGUCUCAGAAUCUCUUGAAAAACCCAGCAAAGUGUAACAGAGUACUAUCCAAAAUACGUAAGUAGUGUUUUAGUAACUAUGGCAGCUCACUGAGUAAAAUGUGAAAGUGUCUUUCUGAAAAGUGAUACCUAGAAAUUUCAGAAUGACUUUUUUUUUGUAAAAUAAUUAAACCUGGAGCUUUUGUUGACAGCUUGAGUGUCUGGCUUACUCCUUUUGAAAUUGUCUUACACAGGUUUUCAUUUUUAAAGACUCAUUUUUGUGUGCGUGCGCUACUCUAUUGAAUAUAAAAGUGUUCAGGCAUGGAAAUAAAAUCCUUUUAAACGAACUCCCCCUUUUUUACAUGAUUCCUUGCAAAAUAAAUAGAACCUUAUGGACAGGCAAUGUUUAAUCUUUUAGGAAGGUCACUUCAAGGGCAGAGUUGUAUAGAGUUAAGGGCUGACUAUAUAAACUAUUGACAUUGUUGGAUGUCGGAAAAGCAUUCAAAGAGUAAAUUGAUUAAUAACUUGAUACUUGAGUGGCAAGGACAUAUUCACACAUACCCGUGUAAACCACUAAAGGUGUUUUCUGGCUUCCACUUUCAUGCACAAAUGUUUUCUGCUAUAAAGUAUUUACUUCCCAAUUGUCUUUUGAGUUCUCCCAGUUUGGUGCUCCUGGCUUCCUGCAUGUACCUAUUAUGCAGGUGUACAGAAGCAUCUGCCCGGGAGAGGUAAGCUGUGCAUAUUCUUACACCAGGCGUUGGCAACAUUUUUUGAGGCCAGGCCGGUCCACUCCCUGGCAGACCUCUCGGUGGGCCGGAGCGUGCACGCCCGCUCAAGCAAUUUCCAGCACGCUUCCGGGAUGAAGGAGCGCCUGUGCGCAUGUGCACACACUAUUUCCGGUGCUCUUCCAACCCGGAGGUCGGUCCCCACAGUGAGGGGGAAAAAAUGGCACCACGGGGGAGGAGCACGGACUCCCCAUGCCAGUCCACAAAAUGGCCAUGGGCCAUUUCCAAGAAGCUCAUAGGCCAGUUUUGGCCCAUGGGCCUUAGGCUGCCGACCUCUGUCUUAUACCCUUAAAAAUCAUCAUACACACAUAACAUAAAUCAUAUGGUAGUGAAAUGUUCAUGUUGUGUUUAAUAGCAUAGUAUCAGCAACAUACGAACACAAUUUGCAAUAGUUGCGAGGUUGGAAUGUCGGUGUAUUAUCAUACCAUGUGGGUUGUGUUUUUUUCUGGCAUUGGAGUCAUACACGUUUUGGAAUGAGGUACUGAGAAUUUUCAGAUUCAGUGUUGCAGAUAUUAGUUGCACUUGCUGUACGUUGACAUGUACCUUUGCAGCAAAAAAUCUUGUCCUCAUUUUUGGAAGUCUUAGGAUGAGCAAAUCACAUUUCUAGUUUUGGAGAUACGAGUGUGGAUGAGUCAAGGAUGUAGGGUUUAAAAUAAGCGACAGCGGUAUGCAACUGCAACUCUUUAUAUUAGUUUUUGCUUCCAGAAAAAAGGUUGGUUCAAAAUUUCCCCUUCCCUUGGAGAGUGUAAGGUAAAGUUGCUUUUAGAAUUAAGGAUCUAAAUUGUACUGUACCCUGCAUAUAAUGGCCUUAUAGUCUAACUUUUUGAUGUAGCGACAGAAUAGUUGUGUCCCAGUGAUAAAGGAAAUGACAGCCAUAUUUUUGUCAGUAUAUCAGACCCUAGGAAAAGUCUGUUACCUGUCAUGCCUGCCAUGUGGCAAGCAAACCUUGCUUUAACAUAUAAUUAUCACAUCACUGUGAUGGCUCCCACUAGCUCAACUAUUUUGUAGAAUCCAACCCAAGGUUAAAAUUGCUUAAAAUAUUUCUGGGAGGCACAAUUGUAGAAGGAAAAAUGGAUGCUGUGUUUGUCUACCUUUUAUUUUAAAAAUACGCUUAACACGAAGUACUAAACAGAAACCUACGUUAAGGGGUGUUGACUAAAUGUACAUAGAAAAUAAAUUUAUGAAGCCAGAUUGUUAUUUGUUAUUUAUUAAAUUUAGAUACUGCCCUAUCUCAGGGCAAGUUCUCAAGAUUCCCAGUUUCUUUAAAAGAUUAAAGUUCAGUUUCUGAAAAGGUAUUGAGUGUUAAAGGUUAUUGUGAAACCAGUAAAAUGUCAAAAAUAUGGAGAAGAGCGUUCUGUAGCCCUUAUGAAAAUUUACUGCAAAUCAUCUACAACUAAGUUUUACCUGAUUUAGGCAAUAAUCUUAAACACACUUAUUGGGGGCAAGUUCCAUUGAGUACAGUGGGACUUGUCUCUGAGAAAACAUGCAUAGGGUGGGGCUGUUAAAAAUUUCAGAUUCUUAGGCCUGCCAGUUUCCUAGCCCUGACCCCAAAUGUAAUAUUUAAAUAUUCUAGAGCAAUGCAGAACUUGAUGUAGUCACUAGAGCAUUGUAAGAAACUAAUACACUAUUCUGUUUUUCUUUUUAGACUGCCAAAAGGAAGCGUGGCUACAUUAAGAAUAAACUAAUUUUAAAGAAAGGCAAGAGACCCAACAGGAAGACAGUUUAAAUACACUGUACUGAUUGCUAAUAUUGAAGCAGUUGUCCUUGAGAUAACCAGUCUUUGCCUUUAGCUCAAGUCAUGUUUCACAGCAACAUGAGGGUACAGAACCAUCAUUGGUCCAGAUUAUUGUACAAAACUUUCAGGCAAUGUCUGACUUUAAAAUUUUUGGCUUAUUGAGAACAGCUGUUUUAGAUUUGUAUUGUGGAGCAAGACUGAGCUGCUGUCCAGGUCUAGCAGCAGAUUUUUGUUUUAUUUUUUUUAUUUUACUGGUACAUAUUAUCCUUCCAAUCGAUUGAAUUUGGACUGAUUGCACCAAAGAGCCCUUUAAUUCGGUCCUUGGCACAUGCAUACUUGUCGAGAUUUUUUUUAAGUAGUUGAGCUGAACAGCAAUAUCUUACUGGAAUGGUGAAAUGUAUGAAUUGACUAGCCUUGGUCUGACACUUUCAGGAGUGUGGAUAUUUUUAUAUUCAGCUACUAGGACUCCUUUAAAGGUAUUUAUUUUACAAGACUUCAUGAAAUGUACUCUCCUCUUGCUGUAUGUUGUGUGCUGGACUGUAAACCAAGCUGCAGUUUCACUAAUCACCGGACAGAUUAUAUAAUUGGAUUAUGCAACUUGUUUUGAGAAGAGGUGGUUUUGCUGCCCAUAUGCAGGUGUAUUCUUGGACUAUAUAGGGCAAAUCUUGUAGGUAGAUACAAGGGCUAAAUUUGUAUCUUAAAUCAGACACGACAGUAAUGAAUGCUACUGAGCACCCUAGCACCUGGUGUUCUCAGAUUUUGCUUGUUUAGCUUCAUAUUUUCAUUAAACCAUAAUUUGGCCUGUUAGGAGAUGUUUUUUGACAAGUAUCCAAAGUCUUUCUGUGGCUACUGAAAGGCAGAUGGUUUAUAAACCUGCCUCCAUUUUCACGGGGUUGUGGAAAUGACUGGCUUUUCUCCAUAUUUUUAUUUAGUGCUUCAGUUGAUGGGAAACUUUUUGCUUGACUAUGUGCUUUGUCUUUUCUAUUUUAUUAAAAAGACAAUUAUCAAGUGCACUAAAUUAUGGAGACUGAACACGUUCACUUUCCAACUAUAGGAAACCUUACAGACUUGAACAUCCUUUAGUUAUUUUAAUAAAGUUAAAUGUGUUUGGGGGUAUGGCUCACCUGACAGCCACAGGACAUAAUUUCAAUAUAGUAAAACAGCUUAUACCAGAUGUAUUGGUGUAAAGCAGAAUAGUAUGUACCUUCCAAACAAAAAAAAAAUUAUCUAUUGCUCAGUGAGAAUGUUACUGCUGACUUUUCUUCUCAGAUGUAUAAUUUUUAUUUGUAAAUUCAUUUUUGAGUAAAGAGGUUAUUAAAUCAAUAAUGCAGUGGCAACAUUUUCACAAAAUAACAAUCUGGAUUUCUGACCCUUUGUCAUUGAGAUUAUAUUACUUUGUUGCUUUCAAGCUCAAUGCAGACCCGUUGUUGACUAUAGGGAAAAAUAAAGUUAAAUCAAGUUUUGUGUUAA